GAGAGGGUUAGGCUAGCCCCAUUCCUCUAUGGUGGUGGCUCUGGCUCUGGCUCUUUGUCAGUUCAGUGCAGGGUAGAGGAUAAGGGGGGUGGCUACGUGGCUGAGUGGUGUGUAUAUAUCAUGUGCACAAUAAAGCAGGCGAGCACAGUUCAGCCAUGAAAGCCCAGCGGGAGAGGCUGAGGAUUCCCGGACUGACAUUGGAGUGAGUAUUUUCCCUCUCUUUUUCUUGUGGUGGUGACAGCACCACUGCUCCACACUGCAGCAGACCGCUUCAUUGGUCUCUGCCGCUGCUGCUGCACCUUUUGUUGUUGUUAUUUCUCUGUAGCUACAACAAGCGUUGUGGAGCGUUUAUCAUUAUGCAGCAUUGCCACAUACAGCAGCAGCACUGUUGCAGCGUACACAGCAGGAUGUGGAAUGUCAAAUCCUCUGCAUUGAUUUAUAGCGACAGGGACUGUGUGUGUGUCUGUCGAGCAGAGGACUGCCACACAACCUCUGUUUGGUUGUGACGACACACUGACACACACACAAACACACAUAGACGUACACUCUCACACAUACUGAAACGCACCACUAAAUCAUUGUGACAGUGUGACUAUUAAAUGGCAGGCAUUUGUGAGGCAUGAUCAAUAUGUUGAUUGGCAGUAGAGCGGUCUUAUACCCAAGGCCUUGUUGGCUAACGGAUCCUGCCUGCUACCAGUCACAGUAAUCUGCACGGCCAGAGACUCAAACAACACAGGCUCUGUUAUGGCCCUUUCAUUUUCCUAUUGCACAUCAUACAGAUUAGUUCUUAGUGUAAUGACCCGUGAAGGCAGUCGAUUGGGUUCUCUCGGGUCACCAAGGCACAUGUUUGUUUGCGUCCUCCGAGGCUUAAGCUAGCGCAAUUGCAGGUAUUGCUCUGUAGGCACAUACGUUGCCUACUCAUUUAAUUUAGAUCCAGUUCAGUGUCAUUACUGACAGGAAAGUCUAUGGUUUGAUUUUGAAUUCAUCAGCUCUAUGGAACAAUACCAGUGUUUAAUCACAGACUACUGAUACUGUUGCGAUACUGUACUAUUAUUCGCUAAUCAUUUUAGAUUCUGUCUACUAAGUGCCAUGAUAGCAGGCAAAAGUCUGACUUUUUUAUUUAUUUGGAUUACUCAAAGUAAACAUGCAAUGGUUUGGAGGGCUAAAAGAUAUCUAUCACAUGUAAAGUGAAGACCUUUUUAAGAAGUGAGAUUUCUUUCCAUCAGUGAAGUUACUGUAAAGGGGUAGAAGGCCAAGGUUACAUGAUUGUCUUCUCAUAGCCUUUAGUAAUCCUUCAGAUUUCAAGUAGGAGUUGGUUUCAUUGUUUGCCUGUUUCAGGUUUCACUCCACCUCUGUGUGUGGAUAGUUUAGACCGUUUUUAUUAUAAUCGCUUAAACCAAUCAAGCCUCAAGGACCAAACAAAGUCUCUAAUCCUCAAAGAAGCUAAACCUGUGUUGUGUGAAUAGACAAGUACCUUAGUAACCUAUUUCCAAAACACCAUUUUGUUUCAUUUCAAAGGGGACCAUUUGUUAUGCUGUGAUGCUGUGGUUAAUGUAUGUCAGCUAGCUAGCAGAACAGGGUAUGUGUCUGCAUACAUCAGCCAAAAUCACUUCACAGGGCUUCUAAGUGAGAGUAAUCAUUGUCCUGUGCAAAUUUAGUGUGCUAAAGAAAUCACUAUUUACAAAACUUACAUUUAACUUCCAGCCUCACUCCCCGAAGCUUGAGCCCGACACCCACAAGUCCUUGCAGCCCGCUCAGCCCGCUGCACGCGUUUCAUUUUUGGAGGUAAGCGUCACAAGCUCUACUUCUUCGACCAUCAAGGCCAUUUUGUUUUUGGUGGUUGAGGAACAAAUAAUGCUGGAUUGUGAAAGGUUGAGUCGAAAUUGCAUGCAAUUAUCUGUUUGUUCUGACAGAAGUGUGUUUUUGGAUUUCUCUCUGAAAUAUUCUGCCUUUGGAGCAGCAUUGAUGGAAGAGGAGGACACAGUGCUUACAGUGCCUUUGGAAAGUAUUCAGACCCCUUGACUUAUUCUAAAAUGGAAUAAAUAAAUAAAUAAUCCUCAGCAAUCUACACACUACCCCAUAAUGACGACAGCGCGUGAUGUUUGCACAUUUAUUACAAAUAAAAAAAACAGAUACCUUAUUUACAUAAGUAUUUAGACCCUUUGCUAUGAGACUCGAAAUUGAGCUCAGGUGCAUCCGGUUUCCAUUGAUCAUCCUUGAGAUGUUUCUACAACUUGAUUGGAGUCCACCUGUGGUAAAUUCAAUAAUUGGACAUGAUUUGGAAAGGCACACCUGUCUAUAUAAGGUCCCACAGUUGACAGUGCAUGUCAGAGCUAAAUCCAAGCCAUGAGGUUGAAGGACUUGUCCGUAGAUCUCCGAGACAGGAUUGUGUCGAUGCACAGAUUUUGUUUAGAUAUGUAGCUAGCUAGCUAAACAAUUAACCAUAAUCCCAACUCUAAUGCCGCGUUCAACACAACUGGGAACUCGGAAAAAAACAAGCUUCGAACAGUCAUUCAACUCGGGAAAUCUGGCAUCUUUCUAGAGCUUCGACUUUCCGACCUGAAGAUCCCUGACGUCAUGAUUUUUCCUCGUAUUUUUCAGAGUUACCAGUUGUUUUGAACGAGUGUGUGGGGUGUGUACUAUUUCGGAAAUGCACUUCAUGUUCGAGCCAUGGACCAUCCAUACUUCAGUAAAUCAAAUACAAUCACCGACUGUUUGCUCAUUGCUCUUGCUCUAAGAUGGCAACUCGGCGCAGAUGUGCAUGUGCCAAUUGAAUCUCAACAGGGAAACAGUCUGUGGUUGUAUUUGAUUUAAUGUUUAUUGAAAAAGUGGAUUUCAGCAAACAAAGAAAGGCAUGCAACUAAAAGGACAAACAUAGAUACAAGGAAAGCGUUUUACAAUUAAACUUUUUGGGACAUAGGAAUCUGGAGUGGAAUUUAGUCAACUAUUGAUUAGGCUACUGUGUGCCUCCACUGGCAAAAUGUAUGCCAUAACUAAUUGCGUUACCGCUAAGACCAGCUUUUGGAAAAUAGCAGAGCGCUGGCUUUUACAAGUCGAUAUUGCAGAAGAGCGUGAGUUUGAUACUAGCGCUGUCGUAACGCCAGCCGAAAAUAGAGCCUCAUGUAUUUAACGUAAGCUAUCACUAGUUGGCUGUACCUGAGCCAAAACGUCGGUAAUUCUCGGCCUAUAGCUUGGCGUCAAUCUUCUUUUUAAAUGGUAAACCAACAUGUUUUCGUGAUACAUAUAGAAUCACAAUACAUGUCGUACCGGCACCCAAGUAUAGUGAUAUAAUGAUAUUGUAAGGUCCCUGGCAAAUCCCAGCCUUAGUCAAUAGUUACCAUCUAAGUAUAUUCUGCUAUCUGGUUAGUGAGCAUGUGGUUCUUGCUACUGUGGCUGAUGCAUUUAAGACUUCAAAGGGAGUCUGUAUCAACUGGAGAAGUGACGGAGGAGGAGGGGGACAUGGCUGUCUCCCUGAGUGUUCCCCUUUUCUCUCUCUCUUCUCUCUUCUCUCUCCCCAAGUUCUUAUUUUCUCUCCUCUCCGCGUUUUGCACUAAUGAUGUCGGAGAUAGCAGGUCACUCUGUCCUCUUCACUGUCUCUUGAUGUGUCGCCUGGCGAGCUGCCCUGAAUCAGCAUUUUGGUCCUGGAGUAGGUUCCUCUGGUUUUGCAUAUUCAACUGGGUCAUUGAGCCCGAUUCCUCCUUUUGUUGUAUUAAACAUUCUGGUUCACCAUGUUUUGCUAGGUAGUUAACGUUAGCUAGCGCUAGUUCUCCUCCUAUAGCUUGGCCUCAAUCUUCUUUUUAAAUGGUAAGCCAGCAUGUUUUCAGCACUUUUAUUUCCAUGACUGAGCAAAACUUGUUUUUAUUAUGUCUCUCUCUUGUCCCUCUGCAGCAUAUCUAGUGAGCAAUAUGUUUGGAACAUUGAAUUGCAAUAACAAUGUAGUAUCGAAUCAUAAUACGUAUAGAAUCGUGAUAAAUAUAGACUCAAAAUACAUAUCGUAUCAGCACCUAAGUAUCGUGAUAAUAUCGUAUUGUGAUGUCCCUGGCAAUUCCCAGCACUAGUCAAUAGCAGAAUAUACUUAGAUAGUUCCUAUCUGGUCAGUGAGCCUGUGCUUCUUGCUACUGUGACUGAUUCAUGUCAAGACUUCAAAGGGACUCUGUAUCAUCUGGAGAAGUGACAGAGGAAGAGGGGGACAUGGCUGUCUCCCUGAGUGUUCCCCUUCAAUUUUCGCUCUUCUCUCUUUCCCCAAGUCCUUAUUUUCUCUCCUCUCUGCGCACUAAUGUUGUCAGAGAUAGCAGGUCACACGGUCCUCUUCACUAUAUCUUGAUGUCACCUGCCGAGCUGCACUGAAUCAGCCUUUUGUUCCUGGAGUAGGUUCCUCUGGUCAUUGAGCCCGAUCCCUCCUUUUGUUGUAGUAACCAUUCUGGUUAAUUAAUAUUUGACAUAAUCCCUCGUCUUCUCCCCUCCUACACCAAGUUAUUUGUUUGUGAUGGGAAGGACAAAGGGGAAAGGAGUUCAUCCUUUCUGAGAAACAUGCUGUUUUACUUGUGUGAUUGAUAUGCUACAGGGGCCUCAUUUAUAAACGUUACGUACGUACAAAAUAUACCCCAAAACAUGCCUGCUCCAGUUUUCCCGCAAAAGUAGGCAUUUAUAAAAAUUGAACUUAGCGUGAGAAUGCAAUAUUCAGACCAUGCGUAUGCACAUUUUCUAGUGGUUGAAGUAUUGUAUUGCAACCAGGCAAGUUGGUAUUUUGUGCAAAUGGGGGAUAUGAUGACACGCUUAUUCAUAAAAAAAAGAACAUAGCCUAAUAACAAGAUUCAGCCAUUUGACGUUAGUAAGAAGAGCGAAAAUCUGUGUAUUGUUUUUUUGAAUCCAACAAAUGUAGACAUGAGAAUCCAUUUCCUAUUUUAUUUUCAUAACCAUUGCAGAAUAAAUUCCGGUACCCUUCCCCAGAUCUGUGCCUCGACACAAUCCUGUCUCAGAGCUCUACGGACAAUUCCUUCGACCUCAUGGCUUGGUAUUUUCUCUGAGAUGCAUUGUCAACUGUGGGACCUUUAUAUUGACAGGUGUGUGCCUUUCUAAAUCAUGCCCAAUCAAUUGAAUUUACCACAGGUGGACUCCAAGUUGUAGAAACAUCUCAAGGAUGAUCAAUGGAAAAAGGAUGCACCAGAGCUCAAUUUUGAGUCUCAUAGCAAAGGGUCUAAAUACUUAUUUAAAUAUGGUAUGUUUUUUAUUUUUAAUAAAUGUUCAAACAUUAUGCGCUUUGUCAUUAUGGGCUUUGUCAUAAGUUAUUUCUGUUAUUUUUAAUAAAUUAGCAAACAUUUAAAACAGUUUUCGCUUUGUCAUUGUGGGGUAUUAUGUGUAGAUUGAGGACAUUUAAAAAUAUAUAUAUAAAAUCAAUUUUAGAAUAAGGCUGUAACGUAACAAAAUGUGGAAAAGUCAAGGGGUCUGAUUACUUUCCGAAUGCACUGUAUGCAACUAAAAUAUACACAAAAAUAUAGGUGCAGUGAAAUUUGUUGUUUUACAGGGUCAGACAGAGUAGUACGGCACCCUUGGAACUAAUUAAGGUUAAGUGCCUUGCUCAAGGGCACAUUAGCAGAUUUUUCACCUUGUCGGCUCGGAUAUUCGAAUCAGCAAACUUUCGGUUACUGGCCCAAGGAUGCCUGCCAUCACUACUGUAAGUACUGUUAUAAAAUGUGUAGCCUAGGCAAUGUUUCAGAAUUUGCAGGCAGUCCAGCGUAUUACAUUUUGGGGAAAAGUCAAUGCAGACAUUGUUGAAUUUAAACGUUCUGCUGACGAGUCCACAACGAUUUGCCAUUGUUUUUUUAUUUUGUUAAACUUUUCCAAAAAUAGCAUAAGUUACUGCAAAAUAAUAAAAUAUUCUGCCAACACCAAAAACAUUUGAUCAAAUUUGCCAUUGCGCUUUCUUUUAGAAACUGCCGUUGCCUAAUUCCAAUAGUUCCAAAUUAUACAGUAAAUUAAGGGCGUUAUUGUCACCACAAAAGGUGAAUAGAGCGUGUUUUUCAGGCGGAGUUAUAAUCCUCGUUCUUGUGCGCACAGUUUUACUACGGGUCUGAUUUAUAAAGGGAAACAUGCGUAUAUAUGGUGUACGCCAAGUUUAGGAAUCUCAAUUUUUAGCAAUGAUGCAUGUAGAUAUUUAGUGUGAAAUUUUCGCGACUUUUAUAAAUGAGGCCCUAGAUUGUAAUUAGUCAAGUUCAAGAGUAUCCAUGCUAAAAUGAGGAAAGGAUUCUUAUUUAGGAUAAAUAGAUCGAUCGAUCGAUAGAUUUAUUCAACUGUGAUGACAAAGUACGUGUCCAUCAGUUUCAUGUGACUGUUGUAAUGUAAAUGCUUUGUUAUGUUUGGAGUGGACUAAUGCCAUUAGUUAUACCAUUAUAUAGUGUUGGUCAUGAAUAUUCUUUAUAGAAUAUGCUAUACUUCCUAAAAAGCCAUUGGCAGUGCAUGUGUGUACGCCAGACAUGCUUUCAAUUGGGAAUAUACAGAUGGUAUGAAAGACAAAGUCCUUGACAGCCAAGUGUUCAUCAAUGAGUAGCACAACACCCCCUCACAUCCGAUGACCACCUCUUGUGCUGCUAGCUAUUCUUAAAUGUCUAUUGAGAGGAACUUACAUUUACAUUUUAGUCAUUUAGCAGACACUCUUAUCCAGAGCGACUUACAGGAGCAAUUAGGGUUAAGUGCCUUGCUUAAGGGCACAUCGACAGAUUUUCUUUGUCACCUAGUCGGCUCAGGGAUUAGAACCAGCGACCUUUCGGUUACUGGCACAACGCUCUUACGUUCAAGUGAAUCACUUUCACAAAGAUUUCAGCAUUUGCGCCAUACAGUAUUAAUAUUGUAAUGUUCCUAAUUGAAACUAGAAAACCUCUUAAUUGAGAAUAAAUAGGAAAGUGCUGAUCACCAAAAUCAUUACAUCAUUGAUGCUACUAUUUUAUUCUAUCUGCGUUUUGCUUUUCCUAUCUACAAUUUUGGCAUGUUUGUUUAUUUGAAAUUUGACUCCGUAGUUGACCUUUACUUGAAUGUGUAUUUUAAGUUUGCCCUGUGUUGUCUCCUGGUUACUGUUGUUAGUGUCACACUGAGUAACCAACGGGAAGGUCUACACUGACUAGUAUGGUGAACAUCUCAGACAUGAGCAUGUCUGUCAGAGCUAGUUUAGCGCUAGCUGCUACUGCUAGCUAGUGUUUUCCAGUUUAAAUAAUAAAUAAAUAUGCCAUUUAGCAGACGCUUUUAUCCAAAGCGACUUACAGUCAUGCGUGCAAGUUUACUCUGACAGCAGGAAACUGCCACUUUGUACAUUUAUUUUAGAGUAUUGUCUUGUUUAGAUUUUUUCUACUGGAGACAACACAUUUAUUUUAUUUUAUUUGGUUGUCAGGUCAUGUCUACCUGGUAAGUAGACAUGACAGGUCGCUUAACCCAGAAAUAAAAUCUUGCGUAUUUGGUCAGAUGCUUGAUCUGUCCUCGAGAGAUUACCCGUUAAGUAACAAAAGACAAAUCACAGUCGCUACAUUAGCUUGCAAAUGCUAACCAGUCAGUAAGCAAAGGAUAUAAUGACUCACUAGGCUAACCAGCAAGGGCAGGCUGGGUAUCCAUCAGCUAAUCCAUUUUAAGUACAAAGCCUUUGAAGUCAAGUGUCUGGUGUCAGUCAUCCCCCUAUGUGUAAUAUUAGUCAUCAGGACAAUGUUUCACAGUGAUUCCAGAGAACAUAGUGAACUUUAAUCAGGAUUAAUGAAUUAGGAGAGAUUAGUCUAUUUGGCUAAUUGCUGUGCUGCACAGAAUGUAUAAUCUUUCCCCAAAAUAUUUGCAGCUCACCUCUGUAAGUCAAGGGCAAGAGAAUUAGCACAUCAGGCCAUGAGUAACUUCAAAAAGAAUGGCACCGAUUGGCCUAUAGGUGGCGCUGUUAUAAGCUGUCUCACUUAAAGAGACGUGAAACUUUGUAUGUAGUUGUCUUUCCUAAUGCUGAACACAUUUGCCUCAAGGACCCAUAAGGUCCGUCAGGAUAGAUUAUCCUCCAUCUUGGAAAUGUGGAAAUUCAGUAUUUAGGCCCAUGGUACAUCUCUUAACUUAGUUUGAGAGAAGCUAAGGGAUUGGUUAAGAGAUGGCUGAGUUAAUGAUAAAUCAGGAAAUGCAAUUUUAUUUGUCCACUUAAAUCCUUUGUAAAUCCUCUCCACAAAGGCCUGUCAAGUUUAAGCGUUUUUAGGGUCAUCAAAGGCAUUACCAUGUUACGUUUGGCAUUAAUAUUUAAAAAUUCACCUUUUUGACUAAUGCUAAUGCUUAAAAUAAAUAUUUAAAAAGUCUGAUUUUUAAAUAUUUAAAAAAAGAUUAAAAAAAAAGUCUGAUUUACUCCAAAUUUGGUCUUUGGACUUCACAAUCACAAUAGUCCAGAAGAGUUUGAGAAAAGAACGUUGAUGCGUUCAAAGAUUGCCACACUAUACUAGUAGUAACACAUUCGCUAAUAUGCUAAAAUAUGCUUAAAAUGAUUAUUCUCAUGACCCAAAGGACCAAAUGACACCAAAGUUGGAAUAUAGGCACAUGGUACAUUUCUUAACUUAGUUUGAGAAAAGCUAAGGGAUUGAUCAAAGAUGGCUGAGUUAUUGACAAAUAAAAAAUCUGAUUUUAUGUGUACAUUUAAACCACUGUAAAUCCACUCCACAGGGGCCUAUUAACUUGAAACUUAACAUCGCUCUCGUAGACAUCCCUAAGAUGAACCACACUGAAUGAUGAACCACACUGAAUUUGGUAUUAGUUCAAAAGACAACAAGCUAUUAACAACCCAUUCUUUGCAUAUGUAACGCUAAUGUUGAAAAUCAUCUGCAACCAUCUUCUCAUGACCAUACGUCAGAUUCAUUUCAGAUUUUGUAUUUAGACUCAUUACAUCAGUCUUUAAUAAACAUGCUCAUGCUUUCACUGAUUGAACAUAAAGGAAGAUAGAUCCUACAUGAUAGUGCUUUAUUUGUUAUCCAACUGAUCUUGUCCUUUCUGUUAUCCUGUGAACCCCGUUCAUUGCUGCUCGUAACUAUAUUCAAGUGUAUAAUUUAACAUGGAUUGCAGGUUUUAUUGAGUCGAAUAUUGACGUUUUGUAAUAUACAUUGUAGUUUGAGGUCAACACUAUGCAGAAUUCCCAUAUAUUUAGAAUUGUGUUUAUACAAUUAUAAUAUUAAUAUGGUGUAUAUUAGAUUGUAUAACCAGCAGUUACAAAUGCUACCAGCAGACACCAGUCAGCAUAUCUGUCGAAAUCCAUGACAGGCCGCAGAAAUAUAAAUGUUUUAACCAAUAAAAAUCAAUAAACCACCAGUUUUAAAGUUCACCUCUAUUUAUUGACAAAUCCUUUGAAUGCGCUUCCAAUAAAGUUUAACUUCAAAUCUAUCUUCGGACUAGUCUGCACAUCUCCAUCUAAUAACUGAACCAUUGUACCGGUAACAGUGGUUGUGCCUUUGAAAUCACCCUCUCUUAUCUGGAGCCCAGAAGCAGAGCAACGCCAUAAUUAGAGUAGGGCUGGACCUGUCACAUCCCUCUACUGGGACACAGAGCACUGUGGGGCUGGCUUAGAGGCCUGCAUUGCUACCUGACGUCAGUAUCAUUGCUUCACAGUUUAGGAACGUGUUCUAUCACAGGUCCUGACGAGGAACCCUAGGUUUUUACAGAACACGUUAUCAUCAAGGGACGCUGAGUUUUUACAGACAAUGUGACCUUGUUUUUACAGACCAUGUGACAUUUUCUUGGCCAGGUCAUAUGAUAAGGAAAACCUGAUUGUAUGAUAGAAAGAUAGCAAGUCUCCGUGCAGUGGAGACACAAUACUAUCUACAGCUAGAUAUGGCCAGUAGUUCUUCCUGGUCAGGUAUGAAAAUGUAUGCACUCACUAACUGUAAGUCGCUCUGGAUAAGAGCGUCUGCUAAAUGACUAAAAUGUAAAUGUAAAAUAUAUGGUUGGACUUUGGCCACUUUUUUGCAGUACUGCAUCAGUAAGUAAUCAAUGCCUGUGUUCCGUGAUUGGAUCCCAUUCUUUGUCCCUGACUGGGUGUCAAUGAGUGUCAGUGUUUCCCCUCAGGGAGAGGUGUGUAUCUCACCAGGCUCCUCAGGUGGAGGACACACAGUGUAACAGGAACCUGACUGAGAUCACUGUUGACUCCACGCCAUGCCAUGCUAUCUGCUGUGGAUCGUGUGGCUGCAUGCCUCUUACCCAACUGCAUGCCCAGCCUCCCUUUUAACACACACAUGCAGGAUGAUCUCAGCCAAAUUCAAUAGCCAACUGUCAAGACUGUAUGUGUACUUAAGACCGGCCAGCCCACGGGACAUUUUGGAGGGGAGACAGAUUGUGAAAGCUGUGAAUGCACUGCAAUGUUUGCUGAUGAUGCAGCGCCGCACUGACUCACAACCCCUCCCCCUGCCUGGGACGCAGAGUGGUAGAUGCCGCCUGUUACAUGAUAUGGAGCAUGUUGAGCUGGGAGAGAGAGGGAGCAGGUUGAGUGAGUGUAUGGGAUACAGAUGGACACAGACAAGAAAAGCAAAUGUCUGCUGUUAUAAGGUGUCCCUGACGUAGCGGCUUAUAACUACCUGAUGUCAAACAAAGUGUUGUCAAUCCCUGGAGUACUUUUAAUUUUUUGGUUUUGGGGCAGCAGUUAAAGGACGCUGCAGUGUCUGCUCUGCCAGUGUGUGUGUGUGUAUGCCGCAGCUGGCUGCAGAUGUGCCCGUGCAGCAGAGUAAGUUUGGAGCCUUGGAGGAAGAGGGGGGCUGUUCGAGUAGGGGCGCUUGUCGCCGGGACUAUUGUAGGGGACGGGUCGCUCCCCACCCCCAUGUCACUGACACCCGGUGCGUCUCUUCACCGGGUCUUCUGAGUCCCCACAUUCCGCUUCCCGAAGGAGGCUGGCAUGACUUUGGCACAAUGUCGGACUCCAGUCUGUGGACGGUGCUCUCCAACUUCACCAUGCCACACUUUCUCAGCGGGGCCAGGCUCAGAAGAUCAAAAAGGUAACCUUGAUGACAAACAGUGUGUUUUGUUCAGUGAGUGUAGGUUUGGUUCUUCUUUCAAAACACCUGCAGCCAGAGUGUUUUGAAGAAUUCAGAGUUUGGUAGAAGAGCAAGCCUAUUCCUUCUUCUACCUUUUGAAUUGGACAGACCAGUGAGUGACUAGUAGUGAAUGUGUUGUUGCCUUGUUGGGGUCAUCUAAGAUGUUUUAGGAUGAUAUUAACCCAGCACAGUAAAUUGGGUGUUGCUGCUUCCCUAUUGUGUGUGAUUGAGCCUUGUGGCGCUGUAACGCCGGGUGAAUGUUUGAUUGCGAUCAAGGCAGUAUCUUGUGGGCCAUGCACUCUAUAAAGGAUGUUUACCAACACAGUAUGAUUACCACUUUUCCUUAAAUUGGUAUAAGGGAGUGUCGACUUUUAGGAAUAUAUUAUCUGAGAUUAUCACAGAUUCCUAUGAAUCUGUGUCUCAUAUCUGAUACGUCAUAUCUGGUACGUCAUAUCUGGUACCUCAUUAGAACAUAAGCCACAAUAUAAUUGGGUUUUCAGACACAUCCCAUGAAUACUGUAGGUCUGUCUUAAAGAUUGUCAUUUAAGUUUCAUACAAUUACCUUUCAUGGUACUGUGACAGUAUAUCACUGUAGCACUGCAUCGUCCAGAGGAUUGUAAAUUACGUAGCGCUCUUCCUCACAUCCUCUUUGUGUAAACUGGUGCAUUUGGUCCAGUCCCUCUGAAACUCAUAUUAUUUAUAAUCCACAGCAUGACCUAUUUUAUAUUAAAGAACAGCUUAAUAUGAAAUGGAUGUCCUCGCUUCUCUGUAUUUUCAGGACAUGCUGUACUGUGCUACGUAAUCUACUCCUUUCAUCUGAAAAUCACCAGGGGUCUUUUUCUGUAUAAAAACAUUGAUUUAUGGAAGUAACUGAAACAAAUUAAGAUCGUCAAAGCUCACUGAACUAGAUGGAUUGCUGGUUAGUGCAUUGAGUGAAUAGGCAUGUAUCAGUGAUAACUGAUUUGAUUAUGUGGAGAUCAGAGCUGUCUCGGUGGAGAACAGAUGAGAGGGAGGGAUGUUGUCCCAUGUGAGCAGUGGUGGAAAAAGUACCCAAUUUUCAUACUUGAGUAAAAGUAAAGAUACCGUAAUAGAAAAUGACUCAAGUAAAAGUGAGUCACCCAGUAAAAUACUACUUGAGUAAAAGUCUAAAAGUAUUUGGUUUUAAAUAUACUUACAGUAAGUAUCAAAAGUCAAAGUAUAAAUACUUUUUUAUUCCUUAUGUAAAGCAAACCAGAUGGCGUAAUAUUCUUGUUUAUUUAAUUUACUGAUAGCCAGGGUCAUGCUCCAACACUCAUACAUAAUUUACAAACUAAGCAUGUGUUUAGUGAGUCCGCCAGAUCAGAGGCAGUAGGGAUGACCAGGGAUGUUGUCUUGAUAAGUGUGUGAAUUAGACAAUUUUACUGUCCUGCUAAGCAUUCAAAAUGUAACAAGUUGUCAAAAAUAUAAAUAGUAAAGUACAGAUACCCCAAAAAACUACUUAAGUAGUACUUUCAAGUAUUUUUACUUAAGUACUUUACACCACUGCAUGUGAGGAGAGCACAAAACAGAGCUCUGGUCAUGUCCUGAACUGGGUCUAUAUGGGUUUAUUCACAAUUUUGUAAUGCAGAUAGAAAUGUACCAUAUAGAAAUAACAUUGUUCUCUAACUCCACAUGUUAUAUUUCUAUCUGUGAUGCCACUUGAACCAUUCAGCCAUCUGAAGAAGUGUCCAAUUUUUGCCAUGCUGGGUAUUUGUGUUAUGACAUUAUCCAUUCUUUCUAAUACAAAAAUAUGAUUACCAUUUUUUAAGUAGAAUCUUUCAGGCGAAAAGGACAUGCAAUAUGGGAAUAUAUUUGUUACGUAUUACAUUUUAACAAUUUCAACAGAAUCAUUUCUGUGAAAGCGGUAAUCCCCAAUGACCAUAGUGCAUUAGCGACAGAUACUUUAGCUGGGGAGGGAGAGCACAUAAUCUCUACCUUCCCCUCUUUCUCUUUUCUCUCUUUCUCUCUCUCUCUCUCUCUCUCUCUUUCUCUCUUUCUCUCUCUCUCUCUCUCGCUCUCGCUCUCUCUAUCUCUCUCUCUCUCUCUCUCUCUCUCUCUCUCGUCUCUCUCCUCUCUCUCUCUCUCCUCUCUCUCUCUCUCUCUCUCUCUGUGUUUCUUUCUGUGUGUGCCUGUCUGUCUGUUGGAUAUUGGGCUGACGUCAGCUCACUUGACAGCUCUUGACAAGGAAGAAAAACAAGAGGAAUCAUGACUUCUUGUUGUUGACAUGGGUCAAGAUAAGAGACUUUUGAUUUGCUCGGAUUGGAAAGCAGUGUUGUAAAUUAAGGAGAGUUAUUUUAAUGCCUUGCUGAACUAGAAGCUAGUAAACAAGCCAUAAGCUAAGACACUUUUUACUUGAUUCACAACAUGAGAAGUCUUGUACUGUAAUGUUUCAUUUGCCAGGAAAAUAAUGUAAAAGAAUGCACGAUCAGCAGAGAUUUUAUAUUUCCACACAAUUUGUCUCUCAGCAGGGUUUCCUUUGUUGCCUCUCUCAAACAAGACCAAAUAUGUUGUAGGAGCACCUAAACCUGGCUCUAAUUCAUUUGAAUUCAAAAUAAACCAUUACCUUUUUUACACAACAGACGGUGGUUUGUUUGCUAAAAACGCUCUAUUCCAUUGCCAGAGAGACUGAUGGCUGGCUAGCCAGCUAAGUGCCGAUUUCACAUGGUGCACAAUAAUGGCUGUGAAUGAGGCUAUGAGAGGUUUUGCUUAUCACAGAGACUGGCAAACCUUACUAGGCACAGCACACAGGCAGGCAGCACUGGCCUACUUACUCUGUAUCAUCUUUGCCCUGGGCUCCUUUAUCCCCAGUUUAAAGCAUCAUUAGACAAUCACGUUUCCCUUUCUUUUUCCUCCCCCCUCCUCUUACAUUUACAUUUUAGUCAUUUAGCAGACGCUCUUAUCCAGAGCGACUUACAGUUAGUGAAUGCAUACAUGUUUAUAUUUUUUUAUACUGGCCCCCCGUGGGAAACAAACCCACAUCCCUGCCGGCCAAACCCUCCCCUACCUUGGACGAUACUGGACCAAUUGUGCGCCGCCCAUGGGUCUCCCGGUCGCGGCCGGCUGCGACAGAGCCUGGACUCGAACCAGGAUCUCUAGUGGCACAGCUAGCACUGCGAUGCAGUGCCUUAGACCACUGCGCCACUCGGGAGAUGUCAUUAUGAGUUGUAUACUGUACCACAGGAUAAAUAACACUGAUGAAGGCUGUCAUGCUAAAAAGGGUUGUUUUUUCAACAUUAGAGAAGGGUUUUUCUGUCAACGUCCAUUUGUGCUCUGAGAGUGACAUCUCUCAUACAGUCUAACCUGUACUGUGGUGGCAGUUUACACAGAACAAUAAACUAACUAGCUAGCUAAUGUUGUAAGUAUACAGUGGGGAAAAAGUAUUUAGUCAGCCACCAAUUGUGCAAGUUCUCCCACUUAAAAAGAUGAGAGAGGCCUGUAAUUUUCAUCAUAGGUACACAUCAACUAUGACAGACAAAAUGAGAUUUUCUUUCUCCAGAAAAUCACAUUGUAGGAUUUUUAAUGAAUUUAUUUGCAAAUUAUGGUGGAAAAUAAGUAUUUGGUCAAUAACAAAAGUUUCUCAAUACUUUGUUAUAUACCCUUUGUUGGCAAUGACACAGGUCAAACGUUUUUUGUAAGUCUUCACAAGGUUUUCACACACUGUUGCUGGUAUUUUGGCCCAUUCCUCCAUGCAGAUUUCCUCUAGAGCAGUGAUGUUUUGGGGCUGUCGCUGGGCAACACAGACUUUCAACUCCCUCCAAAGAUUUUCUAUGGGGUUGAGAUCUGGAGACUGGCUAGACCACUCCAGGACCUUGAAAUGCUUCUUACGAAGCCUCUCCUUUGUUGCCCGGGCGGUGUGUUUGGGAUCAUUGUCAUGCUGAAAGACCCAGCCACGUUUCAUCUUCAAUGCCCGUGCUGAUGGAAGGAGGUUUUCACUCAAAAUCUCACGAUACAUGGCCCCAUUCAUUCUUUCCUUUACACGGAUCAGUCGUCAUGGUCCAUUUGCAGAAAAACAGCCCCAAAGCAUGAUGUUUCCACCCCCAUGCUUCACAGUAGGUAUGGUGUUCUUUGGAUGCAACUCAGCAUUCUUUGUCCUCCAAACACGGCGAGUUGAGUUUUUACCAAAAAGUUAUAUUUUGGUUUCAUCUGACCAUAUGACAUUCUCCCAAUCCUCUUCUUGAUCAUCCAAAUGCACUCUAGCAAACUUCAGACGGGCCUGGACAUGUACUGGCUUAAGCAGGGGGACACGUGUGGCACUGCAGGAUUUGAGUCCCUGGCGGCGUAGUGUGUUACUGAUGGUAGGCUUUGUUACUUUGGUCCCAGCUCUCUGCAGGUCAUUCACUAGGUCCCCCCGUGUGGUUCUGGGAUUUUUGCUCACCGUUCUUGUGAUCAUGUUGAGGGUGGGGUGAGAUCUUGCGUGGAGCCCCAGAUCGAGGGAGAUAUCAGUGGUCUUGUAUGUCUUCCAUUUCCUAAUAAUUGCUCCCACAGUUGAUUUCUUCAAACCAAGCUGCUUACCUAUUGGAGAUUCAGUCUUCUCAGCCUGGUGCAGGUCUACAAUUUUGUUUCUGGUGUCCUUUGACAGCUCUUUGGUCUUGGCCAUAGUGGAGUUUGGAGUGUGACUGUUUGAUGUUGUGGACAGGUGUCUUUUAUACUGAUAACAAGUUCAAACAGGUGCCAUUAAUACAGGUAACGAGUGGAGGACAGAGGAGCCUCUUAAAGAAGAAGUUACAGGUCUGUGAGAGCCAGAAAUCUUAAUUGUUUGUAGGUGACCAAAUACUUAUUUUCCACCAUAAUUUGCAGAUCUGCAUGGAGGAAUGGGCCAAAAUACCAGCAACAGUGUGUGAAAACCUUGUGAAGACUUACAGAAAACAUUUGACCUGUGUCAUUGCCAACAAAGGGUAUAUAACAAAGUAUUGAGAAACUUUUGUUAUUGACCAAAUACUUAUUUUCCACCAUAAUUUGCAAAUAAAUUCAUAAAAAAUCCUACAAUGUGAUUUUCUGGAAAUUUUUUCCUCAUUUUGUCUGUCAUAGUUGACGUGUACCUAUGAUGAAAAUUACAGGCCUCUCUCAUCUUUUUAAGUGGGAGAACUUGCACAAUUGGUGGCUGACUAAAUACUUUUUUUCCCCACUGUAAGGCAAUGGGGAAGUGAUUUCUCUCCCUGCCUCUCCAGUUAAACUGACAGUUGUGAUGGCUUUUUGGGGGAAAAAUGUCUCUAUGAGAAUGGGGCCAUAGUGAGGGAGUAGAUUUAGCAGAAGUGUAAUGACAAUACUUUAGGUUUGUAUUACUAUUCUUGUGUGGACCGACCCUUGACAUUAGACCUGUGUGUUUGUGUGUGCGUGUGCCUGUCUGUCUAGAGAGUGGCCGUUGCGUGAGGAAGUGAGUGCGACUCAGUGUGUCCACUGGGCAGAACUGUGGCACUCUCCUGGUCUAAUCCUGCACUGACGUGGCAGAAAUAGCCUGGGUUAAACCUGAUCCUCUUUGACUGACCACCUGUGAAGCGGAUAUUAUUCAGCUGGCUAUCAUGAUAAAUGUUUCGGCUACCCUGAUUGACGUUUCACAAUGUCCCGGUCUACCCACUUGAACAUUUGUUAUCUAAAGCAGUUUAUAGUCAUUUGGCAGGCAGGGAGGUGCUGCCAGAGCAAACAUGAUUUACCUCCUGACUGACCAGGAGUUUCCAUUGCUGGAGAGAAUACCUUUGAGUUUGAGAUAGGGGUAACACCAACUACACAUACAGUGCAUUCGGAAAGUAUUCAGACCUCAGAAAAUAUUCAGACCCCUUCACUUUCACAUUUUGUUAUGUUACAGCCUUAUUCUAAAAUUGAUUAAAUUAAUUGAUAUUUCCUAUUUUUAUUUUAAAACCUGUUUUUGCUUUGCCAUUCUGGGGUAUUGUGUGUAGAUUGAUGAGUAAAUUAAAAAAAAAUCAAUUUUAGCAUAAGGUUAUAACGUAACAAAGUGGAAUAAGUGAAGGGGUCUGAAUACUUUCCGAAUAUACUGUGUGACGACAUACUGUAUAUUCAUCUUAAACCCCUCCAUAGUUAUUAAUGUAUCUACCUAAUGCUCUUCCACGCAAGUCGGAACAAGUAUGUGUUAUUAUGUGGUUAUAAUGCAUUGUAAGACUUGUCAUAAGGAUGUAUGACCCCCUUAUAACGUCUAUCAUCUCAUAAACGAUGCUGACUUAAUGACAACUGUUUGACCACCUCAAAUCAUAGUUUGUGAGGAAGCACUUUUUUCAUAAUUCCUAUUCAUUCCACAGUUGAAGACAUCUGUACAAGAUGGCCCCUUUUCCUUAUUGUUGUGAUAAACCCUAAUUGAUUAAUUGGCUUGUUUAUUAGAAGACAUCCUCUGUCUGCCAUGACUAUGUCACACUGUUCGCACUGUGAAAGCAAUUACAUUAUUGUUCCGUGUCACUGAAAUCCAAUUGUUCUCUGGUAUAAUAUGACAAAAAAGCAUACUAUGCAGGCCUGUGUCCAUCCAAGCACACAGCUGUCUCCUAUUGAUGAUGUAAUUUGGAAGACAGUUCAGUGAGUUCUCUAAGCUGAAAACGAAAUGUAUAAUUCUAUUGAUUCACUAAAAUGCAUACAGUGAGGGAAAAAAGUAUUUGAUCCCCUGCUGAUUUUGUACGUUUGCCCCAGUCUAUAAUUUUGGUAGGUUUAUUUGAACAGUGAGAGACAGAAUGACAACAAAAAAAUCCAGAAAAAUGCAUGUCAACAUUUUUAUAAAUUGAUUAGCAUUUUAAUGAGGGAAAUAAGUAUUUGACCCCUCUGCAAAACAUGACUUAGUACUUGGUGGCAAAACCCUUGUUGGCAAUCACAGAGGUCAGAUGUUUAUUGUAAUUGGCCACCAGGUUUGCACACAUCUCAGGAGGGAUUUUGUCCCACUCCUCUUUGCAGAUCUUCUCCAAGUCAUUAAGGUUUCGAGGCUGACGUUUGGCAACUCGAACCUUCAGCUCCCUCCACAGAUUUUCUAUGGGAUUAAGGUCUGGAGACUGGCUAGGCCACUCCAGGACCUUACUGUGCUUCUUCUUGAGCCACUCCUUUGUUGCCUUGGCCGUGUGUUUUGGGUCAUUGUCAUGCUGGAAUACCCAUCCACUACCCAUUUUCAAUACCCUGGCUGAGGGAAGGAGGUUCUCACCCAAGAUUUGACGGUACAUGGCCCCGUCCAUCGUCCCUUUGAUGCAGUGAAGUUCUCCUGUCCCCUUAGCAGAAAAACACCCCCAAAGCAUAAUGUUUCCACCUCCAUGUUUGAUGGUGGGGAUGGUGUUCUUGGGGUCAUAGGCAGCAUUCCUCCUCCUCCAAACACGGCGAGUUGAGUUGAUGCCAAAGAGCUCUAUUUUGGUCUCAUCUGACCACAACACUUUCACCCAGUUCUCCUCUGAAUCAUUCAGAUGUUCAUUGACAAACUUCAGACGGGCAUGUAUAUGUGCUUUCUUGAGCAGGGGGACCUUGCGGGCGCUGCAGGAUUUCAGUCCUUCACGGCGUAGUGUGUUACCAAUUGUUUUCUUGGUGACUAUGGUCCCAGCUGCCUUGAGAUCAUUGACAAGAUCCUCCCGUGUAGUUCUGGGCUGAUUCCUCACCGUUCUCAUGAUCAUUGCAACUCCACGAGGUGAGAACUUGCAUGGAGCCCCAGGCCGAGGGAGAUUGACAGUUCUUUUGUGUUUCUUCCAUUUGCGAAUAAUCGCACCAACUGUUGUCACCUUCUCACCAAGCUGCUUGGCGAUGGUCUUGUAGCCCAUUCCAGCCUUGUGUAGGUCUACAAUCUUGUCCCUGACAUCCUUGGAGAGAUCUUUGGUCUUGGCCAUGGUGAGAGUUUGGAAUCUGAUUGAUUGAUUGCUUCUGUGGACAGGUGUCUUUUAUACAGGUAACAAACUGAGAUUAGGAGCACUCCCUUUAAGAGUGUGCUCCUAAUCUCAGCUCAUUACCUGUAUAAAAGACACCUGGGAGCCAGAAAUCUUUCUAAUUGAGAGGGGGUCAAAUACAUAUUUCCCUCAUUAAAAUGCAAAUCAAUUUACAACAUUUUUGACAUGCGUUUUUCUGGAUUUUUUUGUUUUUCUGUCUCUCACUGUUCAAAUAAACCUACCAUUAAAAUUAUAGACUGAUAAUUUCUUUGUCAGUGGGCAAACAUACAAAAUCAGCAGGGGAUCAAAUACUUUUUUCCCUCACUGUAUUCCACCAAAAGCAUCCCUAUGAUAAGUUGUAAGGAGAGACCAUGAUCCCUCAUGUGCAAGGAGUUGGGAUAUGAUAAUAUUCAUAAACGGGUAAUCGGGGUUCGAUUCCAGAGAGGAAGCCUGAGAAACAGCUACCACAUCCAAGGAAGACCGCAGGCAUGCAGAUUACCCACUCCUGACUCGGAGAGGUAGUGACGAAAAAUAACAAUACAGGACUCUUUCGAGGCCCUGUAAUUGGAAUAGGUACACUUAAAAUCCUUGAAUGAGGAUCCAUUGGAGAGCAAAUCUGAUGCCAGCACCUACGGUAAUUCCAGCUCCAAUAGUGCAUCUUAAAGUUGCUGCAGUUUAAAAGCUAGUAGUUGGAUCUCGGGUAUGAGGUGGCGGUCUGCCACGAGGCGAGCUACGGCCUUUCUCAGCUCCGGCCCCUCGAUAUGCUUAACGGAGUGUCCCUUGGGGUCAGAAAAUAAAGUAUUCAAAGCAGACCCUGUCACCUCAAGACCGCAGCUAGUAAUAAUGGAAUAAGACUCCGGUUCUAUUUUGUUUUCUUCUGAACUGGGUCCAUGAUUAAGAGGGAUGGCCGGGGGCAAUCAUAUUGUGCCGCUAGAGGUGAAAUUCUUGGACCGGCGCAAGACGGGCAAAAGCAAUUCCGAAUAAUGUUUUCAUUAAUCAAGAAUGAAAGUCGGAGGUUUGAAGACUAUCAGAUACCGUCGUAGUUCUGACCAUAAGUGAUGCCAACUAGCGAUCCGGCAGCAUUAUUCCCAUGAUCCGCCGGGCAGCGUCCGGGAAACCAGAGUCUGGGUGCAGCGUUUUGAGAUGUCAAUUAAAAACACUUUACAUAGAAAAUAUAUUAUGAUUUAUUAUUAGUAACUAAUCAUUAUUUAACCUUCAGUACAGUAGUACCCCACAAGACAUACCACCAGGGGUCUCUUCACAGUCCCUAAGUCCAAAACAGAGGCUGGGAAACGUACUAAAUAGUAAUGACUACAUGAAACUCUCUUAGACAUUGGGUAACUUCAACCUAGUAGGAAAAUCAAUAAAAAAAACAGAUAAAACAGCACCUCACAAUACAACAUGGACUGUGAAGAGACACACACCCACACAUUGUAAUAUUGUACAUUUUAUAUUGUACAUUUGUAAUGGUGGAGCAGUGUACAUUUGUAUAUUGCACAAUGUCUUGUGUGAUGUAAAUUAUUGUUUUGUUUUUGUGUUCCUGUUUGGACCCCAGGAAGAGUAGUGGCUGCCUUGGCAACAGCUAAUGGCGAUCCUAAUAAAAUACUAGUAAACUACUGUAGUCUGAGUGUUCUUUGAAAAUAACAGGCUCUUCCAGUUCCUAGAAGUGAUGGGCUACUUUUCUGUUCUUGUAAAACCUCUAUUCUGGAGCCAUGACAACCAUGAUCCUGAGAUUCUAAGCUUUUUUCCUUUUCUUCCCUCAAUUUCUCUGAGAUUUGAGGCUGAAUAGAAUCUGUUCAGAGUUAGAUUAGUCAUUACACUGUGUGCGUAUUGCACUGUCAUCUAGCAGCACUAAGGCUUCAUCCCGUCUCUGACAGAGACAUAUUCAUAGGCUGCAUUCCAAAUCUACUACUAGCCACUUGCCCUAGGCACUUCUGUAGAUCUCAAAUGGUUGGAUAGGAUUAUUCAAUAUGUGGAAAAUUCCACUUAGUCUAUAUCGGAGGGUAAGAUGGAGAUAUUGCGUCAACCAAGCCUUUCAGAUCUAUGUAAAGUGCUAAGGGUAGAGGCUAAGGGCCAAUUUUGGAAUUCAGUAAUAUUAUGUUGAGAAUGUUUGAGCAUGAACAUUUCUAGUGUUCAGAGGAGAAGUGAACAAUGUGAAUGCCUGACACACCUACUGAAAUCUCUUCACAUGAAAGUGCCUCCUCACUGAGAGAGCAUUAAGAUCAGAGCACCAAGGGCACUGCAAUGUCACCUGUAGCAGCUACCUUGCCAGGGACCUGACAGACAGACUGCCAGUUUGUGUGCAUGUGCGCAUCUGCACCUGUGAAACACACCCACACCCAGACACACCCUGCUUCUACUACUGUAUCUCUGCCUCUAUGAAACUACAUGGUUCUCUAGCCAUGAUGCAACACACUGCGCCAUACUCACUCUCUAUCAAAGCCUCAGCUCCUAUCCUAAAACACUGCAAGGGACAAGAGGUCUAGUCAUGACAUUUCAUACAGUACAAUGUAUGAAAUGUGCUUCAAUGUCAGCUUAAUACUCUAUGUGAAAUGACAUGUCUCUCUGCUGAGCAGGAGGUUACGCAAUCACAGAGAGUCUCAAUGAGUUCUGACCUUGCAGUGAAUUCUCCCAUAUUUUUAAGAAUGAGGUAUUUUCAGACUGUGCCAUCUGGGAAAGACACAUAGUCUAUAUAUUGCAGUGUGAUGUGGGUAUUGAAGUCUGUAGUGAAUAUACACUACCGUUAAAAAGUUUGGGGUCACUUAGAAAUGUCCUUGUUUUCCAUGAAAACAUACAUGAAAUGAGUUUGAAUAGGAAAUAUAGCAAAAUGAAUAGGAAAUGUAGUCAUUGACAAGGUUAGAAAUAAUGAUUUUUAAUUGAAAUAAUAAUUGUGUCCUUCAAACUGUGCUUUCGUCAAAUAAUCCUCCAUUUGCAGCAAUUACAGCCUUGCAGACCUUUGGCAUUCUAGUUGUCAAUUUGUUGAGGUAAUCUGAAGAGAUCUCACCCCAUGCUUCCUGAAGCACCUCCCACAAGUUGGAUUGGCUUGAUAUGGUUGAGAUCCGGUGACUGUGCUGGCCACUCCAUUAUAGACAGAAUACCAGCUGACUGCUUCUUCCCUAAAUAGUUAUUGCAUAAUUUGGUUCUGUGCUUUGGGUCAUUGUCCUGUUGUAAGAGGAAAUUGGCUCCAAUCAAGCGCCGUCCACAGGGUAUGGCAUGGUGUUGCAAAAUGGAGUGAUAGCCUUCCUUCUUCAAGAUCCCUUUUACCCUGUACAAAUCUCCCACUUUACCACCACCAAAGCACCCCCAGACAAUCACAUUGCCUCCACCAUGCUUGACAGAUGGCAUCAAGCACUCCUCCAGCAUCUUUUCAUUUGGUCUGCGUCUCACAAAUGUUCUUCUUUGUGAUCCGAACACCUCAAACUUCAAUUUGUCUGUCCAUAACACUUUGUUCCAAUCUUCUUCUGUCCAGCGUCUGUGUUCUUUUGCCCAUCUUAAUCUUUUAUUUUUAUUGGCCAGUCUGAGAUAUGGCUUUUUCUUUGCAACUUUGCCUAGAAGGUCAGCACCCCAGAGUCACCUCUUCACUGUUGAUGUUGAGACUGGUGUUUUGCACGUACUAUUUAAUGAAGCUGCCAGUUGAGGACCUGUGAGGCGUCUGUUUCUCAAACUAGACACUCAAAUGUAUUUGUCCUCUUGCUCAGUUGUGCACCGGGGCCUCCCACUCCUCUUUCUAUUAUGGUUAGAGCCAGUUUGCGCUGUUCUGUGAAGGGAGUAGUACACAGCGUUGUACGAGAUCUUCAGUUUCAUGGCAACUUCUCGCAUGGAAUAGCCUUCAUUUCUCAGAACAAGGGUGGUAUUUCUGUCUGUAAUAAAUAAAGCCCCUUUGUGGGGAAAAACUCAUUCUGAUUGGCUGGGCCUUGCUCCCUAGUGGGUGAGCCUGGCUCCCAAAUUGGGUAGGCCUAUGCCUUCCCAGGCCCACCAAUGGCUGCCCAGUCAUGUGAAAUCCAUAGAUUAGGGCCUAAUGAAUUUAUUUCAAUUGACUGAUUUCCUUUUAUGAACUGUAACUCUGUAAAAUCUUUGAAGUUGUUGCAUGUUGCGUUUUAUAUUUUUGAUCAGUAUAUGUUCAGUUCAUGGUCUCUGAAGAUUGAAACAUUGUACAUUCCCAAGUGCAUUUUCCCUUGAGAUUGAAACAUUCCCAUGAGUCAUGGAGCAAUCGUUCCUCCAAACCUUGUCCUGUGUAAAUGACUGAACUCCCCUGUUGUGUUUAAAAAUAUUCCAACCUUUAUAUGAGUCACAAUAAUACAUUAAUGAAUAAUGUGAGUAAUAUCAAAGUCAUUAGAUGUUGUGAUUACACUAUUCAUCCCAAUUCUUCCGCUCGGUAGCAGUAGGCUAGAGUGCUUUGUCAGAAUGGAUUGAGGCUAGUGUUACGUCUUCACUAGCUAAGCCGGGCUAAAUAAGAUGAUCUGAUUUGUCAGCAGUUAGCAUGACAUUAGAGAGCCACUGUACCCGGCACCGGUCUGUCCUUCAUUUCCUCCUGAGGCUGUCACCCAAACAAGAUGCUCUUUAUGGAUAUGAUUUUUUUUAUGUUUAUGUUUUCACUUCUCUUAUUGAUGUGUGUAAAGGGAUUUUAAUGUCUUCAACUGCUAUAGAAGUAAAAUGUUUUAUUAGUAGCACUGUUACACCUGGACUAAGAGGAGUUGGAAGCUUCCAUGUGUUUUAAUGGAGAAUAUGAACAUUAUUGUUGGAACUGUGGAGAGCAUAGUUUGAAGACCUAGAGUGAAUGGGAUGCAGGAUUCUGGCAACCAUAAGUGGUGCAGAUUGUGGAAACGGUGCAGAGGACGGUAUGCCAGUCCAAAGAAAAUGUACUAACUGUUGUUUUAUGAAAUGUUAGUAGGCCUAUAUUAUUUACUGUCAUGCUACUGAAGAGCGAUUUUGGUCGCCUGAUGACUCAAACUGAAUUCUUCCGCUGCUCUAUCGUUCACUACAUACUUCAGUCUGAGACUACAAUCAUUUAAGUUGUUUGUGGUGAUGUCAAAAUGAGGGGUGUUGUACAAAACAAAGUCAUCAGUGAUUGGAUCAUCUCUAACCAAUCAGAGUAUCAAAGCCAAUGACGAAUUUUCUAAAUGCUGCUUUACCGACAUGUAUUCUGGCUCUGGCCUAACCAAUCAGUUUCAGGGACUAAUCAGACAGUCUAUAAUGGAUUCCCAUUUUCAUAAUCGUCUGGGUGGUACUCUGAUCCAGACUCAUUUCGGAGAAGAAACAAACAUUGUCCGUGUGCGUGGCGUAGCGUUUGGCCGGAGCAAGGAAUUUGGGUAGCCAGGCAACGAUUCUUGCUGUUCAAUGUUUCUUUGGUGAGCAAUGGGCAUAUUAGUCAAAGUCCAAUUUUGAUUUGUCCAAUGAUUCAGGGUGUGGCUACAUUAGUUGUUUUCAUUGAGUAAGCAGAACAAUCCAUCUUUUAAAACUAUUGUUAACUAGACCCAUUACACUUUGUGUUCACUGAAUAUGCAAAUUGUCUUUCCCAAAUAGAAUCAGCAUUGACCUAUUUCUACAUGAGUCCCUGUUAACUGAAUUUGCUCACUACCACCAGUGCAGUAUUUUAAGCUUCCUCCGGGUGUAGAAUCAGGUCUGCAGUGCUGUGUUUAAUAAUCCACAGAAAAGGCCCAUCCUCGGGCUAAUCAGAGGCGCUAUUAUCAUUAUUAAUCAGUUACUCAUGUUGCUGAUACGGCCUGGUCGUCGAGUGCUGGGGGGUUUAUAUGAUUUUUAAUGGAUCCUGCUGGUUGGGACCUGCUGGGGCAGGAUUGGCCUAUAGAAGAGAUCUGGUGGUACCUUCUGGGGUGGAUUGGCCUAUAGAAUAGAUUUGGGCCUCUAGAAUUGCGUUUUAAGGACUUGCAAAGCUCCAGGUAGAAGUUCCACACAGGCGUAGGGUCACCUUAUUCUGCUCCAGUACUAGCCUUUCCCUGGGGAAGAAUGGCAUCUAGGGCAACUUCAUCAUACUCCAAGUGCUAACCUAUAUGAAUCCAAUGCUAACCUAUAUGAAUCCAAGAAUGUGAGGGGAAAAAAGGUUGAAAGAUAAUUUUUGUGGAUGUGAGUGAUGUAUAAGUGCACUAUGUGCAGUGAAAUGUGUAGUGCAUCUUAAGUAGCUAUGAUUACAUCUGGCAUGUUUACUUAGAUAAUAAAACACUGUGGGUGACUGGCUGGGUGACAAAGUGGGUUUGUUGUGUCUCGCUCCCUGUUUAGCCGUCUAACCUCUUACUGUCUGUGUUUUCAUAGCUGCAGGACGAGCAACAGAAAAAGCCUGAUAGGAAGUGGUCAGUCUUCAGCGCUUCCGCGACCUCACUCCCCCCUCUCAUCACAUACAGGUAAGGUGUGUGUGUGUGUGUGCGCAUCAUCUUUGUACAGGCAUCUAUCUGUUUUGAUGUGUGUGAAGUGCCCAAAUGAGUGACAGACAUAAUUAAUGUUGUGAUUGCUCGCAUGCAAAAAGACCAAAGAGGCUUUGGUUGGCCAGAGUGUUCUAUCCCUGAAUGAAGGCCAUUGUCUGUGGGUAAAUGAAGAAGAGGUCUGGGAAAAAAACACAUGUCUGAAGUGCCGUCUAUUUCUUGUUCAUUAGCCACCCACAAGAUCCUCCUCGGUCUCUCUCUCUGUAGACCUUUACCACAACAACACACAAGUGUCUCAAAUGUUAGCAACCAGUCUUCAUCAGCAAAGUACUUUUUCAUUGUCAACAUUUAGUGCUACUGCCUUUCUAAAGAUACGUCUCUGAUGAGAUGGUUUAAAAGGGUGAGUGCGCUGUGCUAUCGGAGCGCUGACAUUGGAGCCAGCUGUGAUUGUGAUUGUAAUGGAUCCUGAAGUCGUGGGCCUCAGGAAGGAAAUGCACAGGAGCGCAAAGAGGGGAGGGUGGACUUCAUUUAUUCCAGCUUGGGCGUUUUAUUUCCUGACAGGCCAAUCACUGAUAACAGCCCUCCGUUUGCGCAGUCAGACUUUCUAACCUUGCUAGAGAGCUCGGUCCUUAAGAUGAACUAUGUGAGAAAUAGUGAAGGUAAUAACAACGUUGAACUGUGGGAGAACUUCCCUGGCUGGCACAGACGUAUUGCAGGUGCAUGUUCAUUCGGUAAGAGCAUUGUUUCCAGUUCUCAUGUUAGGACUACAGUAGGUGUUUGGGUUGUUAGUUACAUUGUUGCAGCCUUUCACAGUUGUUUUGACAUUUGGUUGAUAGCCAAGCUGGAGAGUGUGUCAACAUUACCCACUGUAUUUUUACAUUUUGUUCACUGUUCUUUUCUACAGGAAAAUAGCUAUUAUUUUCCUAUUAAGAAUGUUGGAUCAUUAGUGAUUGUUUUUCACAUGAUUUCUAAACGGUAUUUAAUUUAGAUUAAAUCUUCUCAGUAUACUCUAUUAUGACUGCUGGAGUUUAUCAAAGCAAUCCCAGGAUCUUUUCUCUAAACACAUAAGAUUCAUCAGUAUUAUCCUGUGUCCACUGUUAUUAAAAUUUGACAAAAUACGAUUAAUCUCAAAGAAUGGACUUGACCUCCAUCUGGAUUGGGUUAAAGUAACUGUCCAGUAUUUCCAGAUUUCUAUUAAAUGUGACCUAUUAUUAAUUACAAUAUAACUUCAACAGUUUUCCUUCCAAAAUUGGUAAUUAAGUAUGUUAAAAAGCAUUUUUUCUGUGUUUGAAUGGUGUGGGCAUACCCAAACAGAAUGGUGUGGGGCAUAUAUCUGUCAUUAACUCAGCCAAUGUGCCGACAUCAUGUUCUAUGAGGAAAUAUCAAGCAUUUGUUUGAGGUGGGGUUUUUGAAGUGUGUUUUUCUCCAAAUUAUGCUUUGCCCACAAAUACUGAACAAGUCAACAACAUUAUUUGGGUAUGAGUUAACAGAAUGUGAACUUUUAAAAGUGAUAUUUUCACUGGACAGUUACUUUGUCUUCCUUUUUAAAUAUUUUGGACAUCAGCGCAAUCUUGAGGGAAUCCUAUUUGAGUCAGAAAAGGAUAUUGAUAUGAUAGGUAAGCUAUAGAAAACCUUGCAGAGAGCCUAUACAAUUGACAAUCUCUUAGAAAAAAAUAUUAAGUAUUGGAACCAAGAUUAAAAAAUAACUGAUAUUGGCACAAGAUGGAGAGAAUGCUGGAACAUAACUAACGCUAUUACAGUUAAUGAAAAUGUACGCUUAAUUCAGUAUAAAUUAAUGAAUAGAAUUUAUAAUACAAGAGACAAAAUUCACAAAUUCUACAGCACAACAGCAUAGUCAUGUCUGAAGUUUAAAAACUACUAAUGACUCAAUAAUUCAUGCUUCUGGGAACGUUACAAAAUUCUAAAGUUAAUGGGUGGAGUUGGAUGUCAGCGGUAUUGGAAUGUAAAUGUACUUUUAAUUUGUCUGUCUGUAUAUUUCAAGACAUGACAUGAGGGUGCAAGUGAGAUACCAGAUGGGUUGGACAAUACUCUUCUCAUCAAUUAUCUUUAAAAAACGUAUAUUCAAACUGGAAAUCAGCCAAUCCUCCAUCGUUCACGUAAUGGAGGUGUGAUGUUUGUAUGGUGCAGUCAUUUGUAUGUGUAUGUUUUGUAUUGUUUAUAAAAUAUAAAAUAACAUUAAAAAAAAAAAAAAAAAAAAGAUUAAUUUUAAAAGUGAGAUUUUCUCUGGACAGUUACUUUUCCUCAGGCGUAUUCUAUCCCAUCCUGGUGAUUUACUCAUCUACACUCAUCAGCUAUGAUUAAAUUACACCACAAUUAAACAGGUGACAUCCACCAUCUAACCAGCCUCUCUCUGUUCCUCAGUACCACCAUUGUUCCCCCAGUACCGCAAAGCCCUCUCGCUAUCGUCAGAUUUGUCACAGGGGGUGCCAUCGUUGCCCUUAGUUAAUUAACAGUUUACUCCCGCCUUUGGCUACAGAGUUAAUUGUGGUUAAUUAACGUUGGACCGUGGGUUGUUUCUUUAACUUAUUGGUGAGGGAACACGAGACCUAAUUGCUGCCGUUGGGGAAAGCCCUGCAGUUUGAUGUGUUCAAUAGCCUGAGUCCGUAGACACAAAUCAGUAGGGCUGUGGGAAAUAAGUGGAUGCUGUCCAUAUGGAUGGUGGGAUUGAGAGAUGGAGGGAUAGAGGGAUCAUUUGGAGGGCCUCCCUGGUAGAGGGUGCUUCAAGCUCCACUAUAGGACUUAAAGUUCUGCAAUAAGACCCCAAAUAGUAGCGUCUGUUAGCUAAGGGCUAACUAACGCCUGAUGGACUGUUGUAAAUGUGUGUCUUAUAGCCAGAUGUCUUCACCCAGACUGUCUUUGUUGGUAUAACGCCAUUGUGUUAACAUACAGUUGAAGUCGGAAGUUUACAUACACUUAGGUUGUAGUCAUUAAAACUCGUUUUUCAACCACUCCACACAUUUCUUGUUAACAAACUAUAGUUCUGGCGAGUCUGUUAGGACAUCUACUUUGUGCAUGACACAAGUAAUUUUUCCAACAAUUGUUUACAGACAGAUUAUUUCACUUAUAAUUCACUGUAUCACAAUUCCAGUGGGUCAGAAGUUUACAUACACUAAGUUGACUGUGCCUUUAAACAGAUUGGAAAAUUCCACAAAAUGAUGUCAUGGCUUUAGAAGCUUCUGAUAGGCUAAUUUACAUAUUUUGAGUCAAUUGGAGGUGUACCUGUGGAUGUAUUUCAAGGCCUACCUUCAAACUCAGUGCAUCUUUGCUUGACAUCAUGGGAAAAUCAAAAGACAUCAGCCAAGACCUCAGAAAAAAACUUGUAGACCUCCACAAGUCUGGUUCAUCAUUGGGAGCAAAUUUCAAACGCCUGAAGGUACCACGUUCAUUUGUACAAACAAUAGUAUGCAAGUAUAAACACCAUGGGACCACGCAGCCUUCAUACCGCUCAGGAAGGAGACGCGUUCUGUCUCCUAGAGAUGAACGUACUUUGGUGCGAAAAGUGCAAAUCAAUCCCAGAACAACAGCAUGGACCUUGUGACGAUGCUAGAGGAAACAGUAUCUAUAUCCACAGUAAAACAAGUCUGAUAUCGACAUAACCUGAAAGGCCGCUCAGCAAGGAAGAAGCCACUGCUCCAAAACCGCCAUAAAAAAGCCAGACUACGGUUUGCAACUGCACAUGGGGACAAAGAUCAUACUUUUUGGAGAAAGUCCUCUGGUCUGAUGAAACAAAAAUAUAACUGUUUGGCCAUAAUGACCAUCGUUAUGUUUGGACGAAAAAGGGGGUGGCUUGCAAGCCGAAGAACACCAUCCCAGCCGUGAAGCAUGGGGGUGGCAGCAUCAUGCUGUGGGGGUGCUUUGCUGCAGGAGGGACUGGUGCACUUCACAAAAUAGAUGGCAUCAUGAGGAAGGAAAAUGAUGUGGAUAUAUUGAAGCAAUAUAUAAGCAUACUUCCAAAGUUGUGGCAAAAUGGUUUAAGGACAACAAAGUCAAGCUAUUGGAGUGGCCAUCACAAAGCCCUGACCUCAAUCCUAUAGAACAUUUGUGGGCAGAACUGAAAAAGCGUGUGCGAGGAAGGAGGCCUACAAACCUGACUCAGUUACACCAGCUCUGUCAGGAGGAAUGGGCCAAAAUUCACUCAACUUAUUGUGGGAAGCUUGUGGAAGGCUACCUGAAAUGUUUGACCCAAGUUAAACAAUUUAAAGGCAAUGCUACCAAAUACUAAUUGAGUGUAUGUAAACUUCUGACCCACUGGGAAUGUGAUGAAAGAAAUAAAAGCUGAAAUAAAUCAUUCUCUUUACUAAUUGACCUAAGACAGGGAAUCUUUACUAGGAUUAAAUGUCAGGAAUUGUGAAAAGCUGAGUUUAAAUGUAUUUGGCUAAGGUGUAUGUAAACUUCCGACUUUAACUGUAGCUAUUUAGACUACGGUAUUAGCCUAAAGGCUACUCUUACAGUAGCCGAUAACUCCACUGAUAACCGAUAUACAAUUAAUAGGAUGAAAAAAGGGAAUCUCAUGCUUUUCUGAACAUUUGCAGCUAUUCUCAUGAUGUGUCAUUGUCACAAUGUAUAAAAUCAAAAUUUGAAGCAUAGUUAUUGGACAAUUGCUCUUUUGUUUGGCAAUUUAUGAGAAUUCAGUGUGGGAAAAUUACUUUCAUUUCCCUGCUGUAAAACAAUAUAUCAGCAAGUUUUCGGUGUCGGACCCAAAAAAACAUAUUGGUCGGGCUCUUUUUAUUUGAAUUUGAAAGAAUUAAAAUUUUUUUUUGUGCCAUUUCUCAUGUGUGUCUCCUGAUUAAUCCAAGCCGAUGAGCUGGAAUGUGGAAGUAUAUUAUUAAGAUUAUGUAAUUACUGCUUCAAGCAGAUCAGUCCCAUUUGAGAGACUUUCAAUCUAACUAGAUUAAGCUCCAUCAGAUAAGAGUCAAGGAAACAUAAUAAAAUCUAAAAUGCCGUAUAAAGUAAAAUAGCUGAGAGUAAAUUGAUGAUGAAAUGUAUUUUAUCUAUGCUGGCUUAUUACACUUUUUUUUUUGUGUGUGUCAAUGAAUUGUGACAGUGGUUAGACCAAGUCCUAAUUUGGUAAAGGUUUGAUUGUAUGCUCUAGGCUUAGUAUUAAUAUUUCCUUCAUUCAUUUCAAAUCCUUUUAUCUCAGGUUUAUGGAAUGUUCUCUUUAAUGACUUCUAAUCUCCCCUUGUUUCUCUGCUUCCUCUCUGAACAACAGGAACGAGUCCUCAAGACAGCCCCAGAAACUUCUCUCCUAGUGCCUCAGCCCACUUCUCAUUUGCACGAAGGUAUUGAUAAAAGUAAAAGUCAAUGCCAGUUGAAUUUUUUAGCCAAAACUCCACUCAACUAGCAUGCCAAUAGUCAGCAAUAAAACGCUUAGGGGCAGGCUUUAUUGUUUUGAAUUUCCAGAAAGUAAUUUUACUUUAUCUUGGUGGUUAUCUGACAAAUGGCAUGAGAAAUGUGACAUACAUAGGAAAUACAAAUCUUAAAAGAAACAUUUCUCUUUUUUUAAACAACGAAGCCAAAUUGUGGUGCUAUUAUUGUCUGAAGCAGACAGGCAACGGUUCUUUUGAGAAGCAAAGACAGGAUCUCACUGUGUUCUGACAGGCUCUCUUUACAGAGAUAGAAAUCAGAGGCAGGUUCAAGGAAGACGAAGACGAGGAGUUUCAGACUCUCAAACUCCUCGCGUUUUCUGAAGAGCUUUUCUCCACGUCUUCACAAAAGCCUGAAAUCUUUUUUGUUCUACCCUCACUCAACAAUACUUUAUUUAACAGCUUUUUUAUUUAUCGCUAUGAUUCAGUCAGUGCCACAGACCAGACAGGUAAUGUCAUGUUAGGCCUCUGUUUUGUCAUGUAAACCUCAUACAUCUUCAUAGCUCUUCUUCCUGUUACUCAUGUCUAUGAAUACACACAACGUCAUUGUAACUCACAUGUCCGUUCGAGCAAUGUGUAUGAUUACAUCAUGUCAUUGUUACCGUGCCAUUAUACCUGAAUCAUGAAAAUCCUUUUUGAUGUGUUUCUAGCUGUCCCUACAUCUAACCCCACAUGUUAUUCCUCUCAGAGUUUGUAUCAUUGUUCAGUGUUAUUGGUUAGUGCAACGAAGACAUCUCACUACUAGGUAGGUGUGGGAUGGCAGGUAGCAGAGAUCAAGGAAACUGUGUGUUCUGUGUAGGUUCGAUUCCCACGGGGGACCAGUACAAAAAUGUAUGCAUUGACUACUGUAAGUCGCACUGGAUAAAAGUGUCUGCUAAAUUACUACAAUGUAAUCCAAUAUAAAUGCUGCAGUAGGCUAUUGAAAAGCAGAGUAUUUUCAACCUAUUCCGCCAGAAAGGUAAAGGUUGCAUAUGACCUACAUUACCAGUCAAAAGUUUGGGGACACCUACUCAUUCAAGGGUUUUUCUUUAUUUUUACUAUUUUUUACAUUGUAGAAUAAUAGUGAAGACCUCAAAACUAUUAAAUAAUGCAUAUGGAAUCAUGUAGUAACCAAAAAAGUGUUAAACAAAUCAAAAUAUAUUUUAUAUUUGAGAUUCUUCAAAUAGCCACCCUUUGCCUUGAUGACAGCUUUGCACACUCUUGGCAUUCUCUCAUCCAGCUUCACCUGGAAUGCUUUUCCAACAGUCUUGAAGGAGUUCCCACAUACAGUGGGGAAAAAAAGUUUUUAGUCAGCCACCAAUUGUGCAAGUUCUCCCACUUGAAAAGAUGAGAGGCCUGUAAUUUUCAUCAUAGGUACACGUCAACUAUGACAGACAAAGUGAGGAAAAAAAAUCCAGAAAAUCACAUUGUAGGAUUUUUAAUGAAUUUAUUUGCAAAUUAUGGUGGAAAAUAAGUAUUUGGUCAAUAACAAAAGUUUCUCAAUACUUUAUUAUAUACCCUUUGUUGGCAAUGACACAGGUCAAACGUUUUCUGUAAGUCUUCACAAGGUUUUCACACACUGUUGCUGGUAUUUUGGCCCAUUCCUCCAUGCAGAUCUCCUCUAGAGCAGUGAUGUUUUGGGGCUGUCGCUGGGCAACACGGACUUUCAACUCCCUCCAAAGAUUUUCUAUGGGGUUGAGAUCUGGAGACUGGCUAGGCCACUCCAGGACCUUGAAAUGCUUCUUACGAAGCCACUCCUUCGUUGCCCGGGCGGUGUGUUUGGGAUCAUUGUCAUGCUGAAAGACCCAGCCACGUUUCAUCUUCAAUGCCCUUGCUGAUGGAAGGAGGUUUUCACUCAAAAUCUCACGAUACAUGGCCCCAUUCAUUCUUUCCUUUACACGGAUCAGUCGUCCUGGUCCCUUUGCAGAAAAACAGCCCCAAAGCAUGAUGUUUCCACCCCCAUGCUUCACAGUAGGUAUGGUGUUCUUUGGAUGCAACUCAGCAUUCUUUGUCCUCCAAACACGACGAGUUGAGUUUUUACCAAAAAGUUAUAUUUUGGUUUCAUCUGACCAUAUGACAUUCUCCCAAUCCUCUUCUGGAUCAUCCAAAUGCACUCUAGCAAACUUCAGACGGGCCUGGACAUGUACUGGCUUAAGCAGGGGGACACGUCUGGCACUGCAGGAUUUGAGUCCCUGGCGGCGUAGUGUGUUACUGAUGGUAGGCUUUGUUACUUUGGUCCCAGCUCUCUGCAGGUCAUUCACUAGGUCCCCCCGUGUGGUUCUGGGAUUUUUGCUCACCGUUCUUGUGAUCAUUUUGACCCCACGGGGUGAGAUCUUGCGUGGAGCCCCAGAUCGAGGGAGAUUAUCAGUGGUCUUGUAUGUCUUCCAUUUCCUAAUAAUUGCUCCCACAGUUGAUUUCUUCAAACCAAGCUGCUUACCUAUUGCAGAUUCAGUCUUCCCAGCCUGGUGCAGGUCUACAAUUUUGUUUCUGGUGUCCUUUGACAGCUCUUUGGUCUUGGCCAUAGUGGAGUUUGGAGUGUGACUGUUUGAGGUUGUGGACAGGUGUGGAGGCCAUCACUCUCCUUCUUGGUAAAAUAGCCCUUACACAGCCUGGAGGCGUGUUGGGUCAUUGUCCUGUUGAAAAACAAAUGAUAGUCCCACUAAGGCCAAACCAGAUGGGAUGGCUUAUCACUGCAGAAUGCUGUGGUAGCCAUUCUGGUUAAGUGUGCCUUAAUUCUAAAUAAAUCACAGACAGUUUCACCAGCAAAGCACCCCCACACCAUAACACCACCACCUCCAUGCUUUACGGUGGGAAAUACACAUGCGGAGAUCAUCCGUUCACCCACACCGCGUCUCACAAAGACAUGGCGGUUGGAACCAAAAAUCUCAAAUUUGGACUCCAGACCAAAGGACAUAUUUCCACCGGUCUAAUAUCCAUUGCUCGUGUUUCUUGGCCCAUGCAGGUCACUUCUUCUUAUUGGUGUCCUUUAGUAGUGGUUUCUUUGCAGCAAUUAGACCAUGAAGGCCUGAUUCACACAGUCCCCUCUGAACAGUUGAUGUUGUGAUGUGUCUGUUACUUGAACUCUGUGAAGCAUUUAUUUGGGCUGCAAUGUCUGAGGCUGAUAACUCUAAUGAACUUAUCCUCUGCAGCAGAGGUAACUCUGGGUCUUUCAUUCCUGUGGCGGUCCUCAUGAGAGCCAGUUUCAUCAUAGCGUUUGAUGGUUUUUCCGACUGCACUGCUUAUUUGAGCUGUUCUUGCCAUAAUAUGGACUUGGUCUUUUACCAAAUAGGGCUAUCUUCUGUAUACCCCACUACCUUGUCACAACACAACUGAUUGGCUCAAACGCAUUAAGAAGGAAAUAAAUUCCACAAAUUAACUUUUAAGAAGGCACACCUGUUAAUUGAAAUGCAUUCCAGGUGACUGGCUCAUGAAGCUGGUUGAGAGAAUGCCAAGAGUGUGCAAAGCUGUCAUCAAGUCAAAGGGUGGCUAUUUGAAGAAUCUCAAAUAUAAAAUAUUGAUUUGUUUAACACAUUUUGGUUACUACAUGAUUCCAUAUGUGUUAUUUCUUAGUUUUGAUGUCUUCACUAUUAUUCUACAAUGUGUAAAACUGUAAAAAUAAAUAAAAACCCUUGAAUGAGUAGGUGUCCAAACUUUUGACUGGUAGUGUACCUCUGAUCAGUACUGCACAUAGGUCAAAGGUCAUCCAGAAUGUUGUGCAUUUGUAGUCUCCCGAGUGGCGCAGUGGUUCGAAUCCAGGCUCUGUCGUAGCCGGCCGCGACAGGGUGACCCAUGGGGCGGCGCACAAUUUGGCCCAGCGUUGUCCAGGGUAGGGGAGGGAAUGGCUGGCAGGGAGGUAGCUCAGUUGGUAGAGCAUGGCGUUUGCAACGCCAGGGUUGUGGGUUCGAUUCCCAUGGGGGGCCAGUAUAAAAAAUAAAAUCAAAAAAAUAAUAAUGUAUGCACUCACUAACUGUAAGUCGCUCUGGAUAAGAGCGUCUGAUAAAUGACUAAAAUGUAAAUGUAGUGUAGGUAUCUGUUAUUCACAAUCCUGGAGCUUUGAGUAGUCUUGUUUUGAGUAUCAUUCAUAGUUAUUUUUAUAUUUUGUUAACUACAGUUCUCAUAUUGCUGAUUGGUUAUGGAUGGGUUUUGAGUUUAUGCUGACGUCUGUCUCUUUCUAUCUCUGUCUGUUUGUGUGUUUGAGCAGGACUGAUGGACGACGCUGGUCUUUGGCCUCUCUGCCCUCCUCUGGCUAUGGCACCAACACACCCAGCUCCACUGUCUCUGUAUGUACCAUACCUUACCACUCGAUUUGUUAAAGGACAUGAAAACAGAAUAUAUUGUAUGUGUUAGCUAGAUUCUUUAAAAGCCAUGCCAAAAAGGUUGUUAAACCUAAACCUCUUCACAUACAGUAUACUGAUGGAAAACCCUUUCAAUCUAAAAAUACUUAUACCAAAUCACUGGAUAUUCAAGAAUCAUUCGAAAAAAUAUGUUUCAAUGUGAAAUGAUCAUUUGAUGGACAUCCUCUAGUCUGUACUUCAGUCACCAGUACUGUACUGUAAGCUACUGGUAGUCAGAGAUGAGGGGUGCCAUAGUGAUCAGAUUCUCCCGCUAGUGUCUCGCAGGCUGACUCAUACCACCAGACGCUGUGUUUAGGGCCAGCAGAUUUGUUUUGGAGUAAACAUGGCCCUGGCACAAACGCACACGCACACGCACAUACACAUGCACAUACACAUACACAUAACUCUGCUCUGUUUACUGACAAACUAAAAUCACACAGGCAGGAGAUGGUCAACUCAGACACCACACACAGGCCCCAUGGCUGAGUACACAAGCCAAGUAAACAAGCCGUCGCACACAAAGUAAUGGGUUGUUUGUUAACGGCCAUGUUGUAUGAGGACGAUCAAUUAGAGCUGAUAAAUACUUAACAUGUUGCCGGAGGCUGGUGAGAACGACUGGUUAGGAGGAACUACUAUAGAGUGGGAUUAACGCCAGCAACUGUGUUGUUUGUCCAGGCUAUGUUUGCAGCUUACUUUAAAUUGAAUCCCUAUUUGGAUUGGAUUUGAGAACAAUGUAAUGAGAAGAAAAGGGGGAUUGUUUACAGUAAUUUGUUAGCUUUCAUGUACUGUACCGUCACAACCAUUUUGGCACCCAUAAGUUUCAGUCCUUCAUUUUCAAGACGCUGUAAAAGAGAAUCAAAACCGCAAUCAACAUUUACCCAAUCAAAUAAACACAACAGUCAGAAAAAACACGCAACUCUCCUGAUAAGUCAUUCUCUCGUGCAAAAACAUCAUCAAAGCGUUAGCCUCCUUCUUUUUCUCUUUUAUUUUCUUGUUCAUUGUAUAUUCAUUUCAUUUCCAGUCGUCCUGUUCAUCACAGGAGAAGCUGCACCAGCUACCUUCCAGCCCACGCCGGACGAGCUACACUUUCUCUCCAAGCACUUCUGCACUGAGAGCAUCGCCGGGGACGACCGACGGAGGGGGACAGCGCCCAUGCGACCCCGCUCACGCAGUCUCAGGUAUGUAUGGAGGCCCGGCAAGGUCACACACCUUUUAAGGAUGCUGGGUGUAACAGUCGCUGAAAAUGACACUCCUUAUAUGUACUUUUAUGUGAUUAUUUUUCAAAUUAGAUGUGAUUCAUACUAUAUAUAUAUUUAUUUUAUUUAACCUUUAUUUAUCCAGGUUAGUCUCAUUGAGAUAAAAUCUAUUUUUCAAGAGAGACCUGGUCCAACCAUAUAUCACAUGUAUCAAUGUAUUUUUGAUGUAAGAUAAAGUAUGUGUUAUAAGUACUGAUCAUUCCUUUAUUUUCUUAUGCGUUUGCAGCCCUGGAAGAUCCCCAUCCUGUUGUGAUCAUGAGAUCAUUAUGAUGAACCAUGUCUACAAGGAACGCUUUCCUAAGGUGAGGGGACAACAGGAGUAUAACUAAUAUUGCCUUAUCUCCUUAACGUUUGUUAUUUGGUAUCAAUUAUUAUUUCUAUAUUUUUAUAAAUAUUUUAUUUUAUUUCACCUUUAUUUAACCAGGUAAGCCAGUUGAGAACAAGUUCUCAUUUACAACUGCGACCUGGCCAAGAUAAAGCAAAGCAGUGCGAUAAAAACAACAACACAGAGUUACAUAUGGGGUAAACAAAACAUAAAAGUCAAAAAUACAACAGAAAAUAUAUAUACAGUGUGUGCGAAUGUAGUAAGUUAUGGAGGUAAGGCAAUAAAUAGGCCAUAGUGCAAAAUAGUUACAAUUUCAUAUUAACACUGGAAUGAUAGAUGUGCAAAAGAUUAUAUUGCAGAUAGAUUGUAACUUCCAUCAAUGCAAUUGUCUGCAUCACUUCCAAUCCCCCAUAUGUUUUUUUUCUUGCAUAUAUAUAUAUAUAUAUAUAUAUAUAUAUAUAUAUAUAUAUAUAUAUAUAUAUAUAUACACACACACAUACAUACACACAUACAUACAUACAUAUAAAUACAUAUAUACAUAUCCUUUAAAAAUAUAUAUUUCCCUUUAUUACUUUCCAACCCCACCACCCCUUCCCUAAUUGAAGUAAACUAGUGAACAACAAUGCUUAGGCCUCUACUUCACCUUAUACAUAAUAUAUACAUUUUAUGCACACAGUCAAUUUGACAAUAAUUACUCCUGAACUUCCUCUACCCUCAACCUCUCCGAUCAUUUUCAUGAUGUCCAUCCGGUUUGCUUCUAUAUGCCAUAUCUUUCUAACUGUGCUCUUUCACAAAAGCUCUCAACCUAUAACCUAUAUACUUAUUAUGAACACAGUAUGCUUUACAUUAGUUAUCUAGUUAUCAUAAGGUUUAUUACACACAGUGACAAAAGUUGCUAUUUUUCAACCACUUCUAAACUUUUUACCCUCUCCUGACCACUUUUGCACCACUUUCUACCACCUUUAAACCUUUUUACCCAACAUGUCCUCUCCUUCUAACCCUUUCCACCCCUCCGUGUCUCUCCAGGCCACGGCCCAGAUGGAGGAGAGGAUCCAGGAGAUCAUCCGGACCAGCUCCCCGGAGAGCGUGCUGCCGCUGGCGGACGGUGUGCUGGGGUUUGCUCACCACCAGAUCAUCGAGCUGGUCCGCGACUGCCUGGAGAAGAGCCGCCUGGGCCACGUCACCUCGCGCUACUUCUGCGAGCUCACCGACAAACUGGAGAGGCUCUUCCAGGAGGUGGGUGACACUAUGGGUGCACCUCAAUAGUGUAAAGUGGUUACCUUUCCUUGUGUCCUCUACUCCCAUAUUAAUAAUCUGGCAUAAUGAAGGAAAGUAGACGAGGAAAGGAAGCAAUAAAGAGUACCUGCCCCACUUUAAAAUACAUCAACCUUUUACCAUAGUAAUAAGCGCAGUGUAAUUACAAUGUCGGUACACAUUACUGCAUAAGACUUUGUGAUACAAUCAAACAGAUUCUUUCACCAAAUGAUUUGGUUUACAGUGCUCUCUUACCUCUACGGUAUUCAAAGUAAUUUUUGAAGCACUAUUACAAAUAUAAAUGUUCUGUAUUGCUCAGCUUCAUCUCCCGUCAUGCAGGCUUGCUAUGAUAAUCCCUCCCUCUUACUUAAUGGUACUUCCAGUCCCAAGCACUGAGAAGCUCACAGGUCUGUAUGAGAUGUUGAGUGAGUGUGUUCUGUUUUGUUCUGUGUGUGUAUAGUCCACGUCCCGGUCGGAGAGCCAGGAGGUGAACUUCAUCAAAGAGCUGGUAAAGAAGAUCCUCAUCGUCAUCGCCAGGCCAGCGCGCCUCCUGGAAUGCCUGGUAUGUCUCGCCUGAAUGUUGCUAGUUAGCUACCAAGCACAUGGCAAUGACUUCUCACUGACACAUAUUACACUAAUUAUAUUAGGGCCAGGAGUUUUUCCUGACCAUGUGGUGUGACUAGGCAAAUCUCUGGGCAAUAAUACUAAAUAUGUUUCUGUCCCAUGGCUAAUCAGAAUUACCAUGUAGCUCUAUCUAAACUAGGUUUGAAGAGGUAUGUGAGGCAUUUGACACACAUCACAUCCAUGUCUCUGUUGUAUAAAGAGGCUUGCGACCUGGUGACAAGCCAUACAGAUGCAAUACAUCCUCCUCUCGCUGCUGCUAUUGAUUGUUACAUUGACAUCACUGUCAACCCAAAGAAAAGCCAACAGCACUCAGACAAUUCCUAUUGAAACUUCAAAACUAAGAGUUCCAGAAGUGUUGUAGUGAAACCUGUGUCCCUGUGUUGUCCUUUCCUCAGGAGUUUGAUCCAGAGGAGUUCUACCAUCUGUUGGAGGCUGCCGAGGGUCACGCCAAAGAGGGCCAAGGCAUCAAGACUGACAUCCCCCGCUACAUCAUCAGCCAGUUGGGGCUCACACGGGACCCCCUGGAAGGUAUGUCAGGUUUGACCUUUUAAGAGUUGGGCAGGUAGACGGUGCCUAAACCAUCAUGAGUGGAGGUGCAACCAAACAUCACACAUUCAGAAUGAAACAAGUGCUUUCUGCUGAAAGCUGCAAGGGCUAUGAACUAAUUCCAGUGGUGGACUGCAUUAUUCAAGUAAUCAAGAAGUUUCUGAAUAUGUAGAAAAUAACUUUUGUUUCAUGAUAUAAAACCUAAGAUGUGCUAACCUUGAUAUUCAUGCUCUACUGAUGCCACUGGCUACUUUCCAAUUGUUCACCCUUCUCCCAAAGUGUACACACCCCCUCAUUGAUUUAAAAGGAACGGGCUGGUGUGAGGAAUAUGGUGGAAACUCCCUCCAGCCAUGCUUGCACCAAUCCAAUGCUUUUAACAGGAUUCGUACAGUCAUGGAAAUCCUGGAAAAGUCAUGGAAUUUCAAAAUGUUUUGGAAAAUGAUCCAAUCUGAAACGUUUUGGAAAAGUCAUGGAAAUGUAUUUCAUAAUUUCUCUUAAUGUAAUUGUUUUAGGCACAGUUGAAUUUUUAAAAAUCAAUUAAAUAAAAAUCAACAGAUAAGCCAGGAUUGGUAUGCACUUUAGCAAGUCUGUGAUUGCGCACAUCACCUGCAUGAGAAGCUGCACCAGCUUGACCACCCUUGAUUACGCCCUUGAUUACAUAACAUUACAAACAAAAAAUAUUUAAUGCCUUUUGAAAUAAUUCGCUCAUUCAAUAUAUCAAAGAUAUAUUUUUUUAUCUUUGAUAUAUUGAAUGAGCGAAUUAUUUCAAAAGGCAUAAAAUGUAUUUGGUUCAAAUGUUAUACAGCAAGGGUGGUCAAUCAUCCUCCAGGAGAGCUAAUGGGUGUUCAGGCUUUUAUUCCUGUCCCCCUCUAACAAACCACAUUUGAGAAAUUAGCUGAUCAACUGAACCUUGAUAAACUGGCUUUGAUGUGUUUGAGCAGGGCUUUAUCAAAAGCCUGCACACCAGUGGUGGUCGGUGCCAUUUAAGAUGAGGGAGGAUGAUUAUUUAUUUUAUGAGCAUUGCCUUAUUUCUAUUACAGCAUAUUGGAUGACUGUCAUUCAUAUUCCAUUCACCCAGUUCAAUGUAACAUCGAUAGGUUUAGGCUACUACAUGAUACUCAAAUUUUCCCUAUACCCAUCAUGCGGUUGCUACAAUCUAGCCUAUGAAUAAAAGUUUACAAUGUAGGUGCACACAGGUCGAGAGAAAGAUUUGAAGUGACAGACCUUGACACAUUCAAUACCGUCUUGAACACUCAUGGCAGCAUCUAGCUAGUUUUAAACGUUCCGUUUGCUUCCCUUUAAGAAACGUUUUUCAACAGAAUCGGUGGAAUGAAUACACCCCUGAUCACACGCAAACAGUUCACUUUCAUAGCCACAUACAAACAGCUCGUUGUAUUCCUUCUCGCAUCUACGCGCUCUCCUCCUCUCAACUUUUCCUUUCGCUUGUGGACUUCAAUGCACAACACAUCAGCUGUCUGUGACCAGGCGAAAAAACCUUGCCAAGCCUUCAUAUCCGCUACCCACAGCCUAUAUCGUUGUCACCAUAUUAGCUAACGUCAAGUCAACAUAGCUACUAGAACUAACGCGUUAGUAAACCCGCUACAAUCAUGCAGUAAGUCAGUAAGCAGUUUGGCUGUUACACCGGCGGGCCACGGUGGCAAUAAAUUAAUAAAACCAAAAGCUUACCUUGACUUGGAAGGGUUCCAAUGUUGGAUAGUCAUAGCCAGCUAGCUAACAAAGUAUCCCUCUGUUUGAGCCGGGUGUUUGAGUAGGCUAAACUAGCUAGCUGAAUUUGCUAACUAAGUAAGUGAAAGUGUUUUUUUUUUCUCUAAAUAUAGCUAGCUCUCUUUCUCUCUCGCUCCUUCAUUUUUGAAGAAAUUAUUUAUAUUUGAGUCAACUACUCAGCACAUUUUAUGCACUGCAGUGCUAGCUGUAGCUUAUGCUUUCAGUACUAGAUUAAUUAUCUGACCCUUUGAUUGGGUGGACAAUAUGUCAGUUCAUGCUUGUCAUAAAACACCCAUGCAUACCCCACAAAACACACCCAUGCAUACCCCACAAGACAUGCCACCAGAGGUCUCUUCACAUUCCCCAAAUCCAGAACAGACUAUGGGAGGCGCGCAGUACUACAUAGAGCCAUGACUACAUGGAACUCUAUUCCACAUCAAGUGACUCAUGCAAGCAGUAAAAUUUGAUUUAAAAAAAAGAUAAAAAUACACCUUAUGGAACAGUGGGACUGUGAAGAAACACAAACACUGGCACAGACACACAUGAUAAGACACGCACUCUACACACACGUACACAUGGAUGUUGAAUUGUAAAUAUGUGAUAGUGGAGUAUUGUCCUGAGGGAAAACACUAAAUGUAUUGGGUAAAGUGUUAUGAAAUGUAAUGUCAUGUAAUAUUUUAAAUUGUGUAUAACUGCCUUAAUGUUGCUGGACACCAGGAAGAGUAGCUGCUGCCUUGGCAACAGCUAAUGGGGACCCUUAAAUACAAAAAUACAAAAUAAUUACUGUGCAAGUCUAUGUAAGGUGGUGAGAACUAUGAGCCUCCUAGGUUUUGUAUUGAAGUCAAUGUACCCAGAGUAGGACAGAAGCUAGCUGUCCUCCGGCUACACCAUAGUGCUACCCUUCAGAGUGCUGUUGAGGCUACUGUAGACCUUCAUUGCAAAACAGUGUGUUUUAAUCAAUUAAUUGGUGAGGUGAAUAGAUUUUGUAAAGUUUUAUCUAAAAAGGAUAACUUUUUAAAUGUUUCACUUUUUAUUUGUAUGAAAUUAACUGAGGAGGAUGGUCCUCCCUCCUCUGAGGAGCCUACACUGCUGCACACACAGUAGCUCUCCAGACCAGUGGUGUGUAUUCAUGGAUGCCAAGGGAAGCAAGGCUUCCCCAAAAGAUUGACCAAGAAAAAAACAUAUAAAAUAAUUUUUCGUCUCUCUUUCAUAAUCAAAACAGUCAAAACAGUUCGCUGCUCUGGCACCCCAAUGGUGGAACAAGUUCCCUCACGACGCCAGAACAGCGGAGUCACUGACCACCUUCCGGACACACUUGAAACCCUACCUCUUUAAGGAACACCUGGGAUAGUAUAAAAGUAAUCCUUCUACCCCCCCUACCCCCCCUACCCCCCUCCCCCCCAAAAAUAAUUAUAUAUAUAUAUAUAUAUAUAUAUACACACACACACACACACACACAGUGGGGAAAGAAGUAUUUAGUCAGCCACCAAUUGUGCAAUUUCUCCCACUUAAAAAGACGAGAGAGGCACACGUCAUCAUAGGUACACGUCAACUAUGACAGACAAAUUGAGAAGAAAAAAAAUCCAGAAAAUCACAUUGUAGGAUUUUUAAUGAAUUUAUUUGCAAAUUAUGGUGGAAAAUAAGUAUUUGGUCACCUACAAACAAGCACAAUUUCUGGCUCUCACAGACCUGUAACUUCUUCUUUAAGAGGCUCCUCUGUCCUCCACUCGUUACCUGUAUUAAUGGCACCUGUUUGAACUUGUUAUCAGUAUAAAAGACACCUGUCCACAACCUCAAACAGUCACACUCCAAACUCCACUAUGGCCAAGACCAAAGAGCUGUCAAAGGACACCAGAAACAAAAUUGUAGACCUGCACCAGGCUGGGAAGACUGAAUCUGCAAUAGGUAAGCAGCUUGGUUUGAAGAAAUCAACUGUGGGAGCAAUUAUUAGGAAAUGGAAGACAUACAAGACCACUGAUAAUCUCCCUCGAUCUGGGGCUCCACGCAAGAUCUCACCCCGUGGGGUCAAAAUGAUCACAAGAACGGUGAGCAAAAAUCCCAGAACCACACGGGGGGACCUAGUGAAUGACCUGCAGAGAGCUGGGACCAAAGUAACAAAGCCUACCAUCAGUAACACACUACGCCGCCAGGGACUCAAAUCCUGCAGUGCCAGACGUGUCCCCCUGCUUAAGCCAGUACAUGUCCAGGCCCGUCUGAAGUUUGCUAGAGUGCAUUUGGAUGAUCCAGAAGAGGAUUGGGAGAAUGUCAUAUGGUCAGAUGAAACCAAAAUAGAACUUUUUGGUAAAAACUCAACUCGUCGUGUUUGGAGGACAAAGAAUGCUGAGUUGCAUCCAAAGAACACCAUACCUACUGUGAAGCAUGGGGGUGGAAACAUCAUGCUUUGGGGCUGUUUUUCUGCAAAGGGACCAGGACGACUGAUCCGUGUAAAGGAAAGAAUGAAUGGGGCCAUGUAUCGUGAGAUUUUGAGUGAAAACCUCCUUCCAUCAGCAAGGGCAUUGAAGAUGAAACGUGGCUGGGUCUUUCAGCAUGACAAUGAUCCCAAACACACCGCCCGGGCAACGAAGGAGUGGCUUCGUAAGAAGCAUUUCAAGGUCCUGGAGUGGCCUAGCCAGUCUCCAGAUCUCAACCCCAUAGAAAAUCUUUGGAGGGAGUUGAAAGUCCGUGUUGCCCAGUGACAGCCCCAAAACAUCACUGCUCUAGAGGAGAUCUGCAUGGAGCAAUGGGCCAAAAUACCAGCAACAGUGUGUGAAAACCUUGUGAAGACUUACAGAAAACGUUUGACCUGUGUCUUUGCCAACAAAGGGUAUAUAACAAAGUAUUGAGAAACUUUUGUUAUUGACCAAAUAAUUAUUUUCCACCAUAAUUUGCAAAUAAAUUCAUUAAAAAUCCUACAAUGUGAUUUUCUGGAUUUUCUUUUCUCAUUUUGUCUGUCAUAGUUGACGUGUACCUAUGAUAAAAAUUACAGGCCUCUCAUCUUUUUAAGUGGGAGAACUUGCACAAUUGGUGGCUGACUAAAUAGUUUUUUCCCCCACUGUGUAUAUAUAUAUAUAAAACAAAUGGAAAUUAAAAAUAUACUCUAGAAACAAAAAACAUAAUAUAUUUAAAAUAAAAAAAUAGAAUAUUGAAAAGUGGUUGUCCCACUGGCUAUCAUAAGGUGAAUGCACCAAUUUGUAAGUCGCUCUGGAUAAGAGCGUCUGCUAAAUGACGUAAAUGUAAAAGUAUAAUUUCCCUUCAAUUUGCAAGAGGCAGAAUGUAUCUCACCGGAGAAAGCAUCCGAGCGAGCGACGCAGUGCCCCUCGGUCUCUGUAUGUGUAGACUAUCUAUCUGAUGCGGUCUAGUCAAAAAGAGUAUGACAUUGUAUGCAAGGGAAGCCAGCUAGCUAUUGGCCUCCCUUGAUUAAUUUUUUAAAUAAAAUAAUAGCCAAUCAGCGUUGAGCUAAACUGAGUGAGCUCAACUGUGAAUGGUCCUAGCGCACCAAAAAAAAAGUGUCAAGGGAAGAUAGUUUGGAUUUGGCUUCACUCCAAUCACAUCACAUCGAGAGCAAUACCUCAUUGACAGAAAGAACUUGAAUUGUUGCAUCUCGUUGUGUUGUCCUCCGGUGGCUGGCUGGCUAGCUAGCUAGCUAAAAUUGGCCCUUUCCUAAAUUAACCAUGGAUGGAGAUAGGGAUUUGGACUUGUAGUUUUACUUAAUUCUCCGUAAGCCAAUUAUUGUAGCGGCGAUUCUGAUCCAACCAUAAAUUCAUACAUUGUGCCCCUGGCCUGAGAGGAUGGAAGUUCAAUAUGUAGCUAGAUGUAGAAGGCUCAUGUUAACUAGCUAACGUUGCACAUGAAAGGAAGUUAGGCUAGCAUUUUAGCCAGGUAGCCUAGGACAACAAAAAAUUUAAGCAUGUACUGUAUGACAGAGCCAUAGACCGUAUUGUCAACAUGAAAGAGAGGAGGAUGGCAUUGCCGUUGGCAUUUCUCUACAAGUAGGGUGAGUUGUGUUUUUUCGACUUGCAUGCACGCACACACACACGCAAAUCGGAACCAUGGACAGCCACAUCAUAUUUAGCUUACGUUGAUUGGACUAAAUAGUUUUUGGUACCCUAGUUGUCACUGUAUUAGACUAAGCAUAGAUGAUUUUAUGAUUUUGUAAUGUUGAAGUUGAAAUAGUGGAGGCAGCUUCUGUUUUCUUUGCGACUUGCGGUAACUCUCCGUAUUUCUAAAUCAAUAGUUGUUUAGUAGUGCGAAAAUGUUGCAAACAUUAACUUGCUUGACGAUGCUGUAGGUCAUGUAACUGUUUUUAUUUUAUUGUUUCAGCCUUAGGCCUAUAUAUCACGGUUGCAAGGCAUAUGAACUAACAGGAUUUUUUCUGGGUUGGCUUCCCCAGUAUUUCUAUUUAUUAUGGAUCCCCAUUAGCUGCUGCCAAGGCAGCAGCUACUCUUCCUGGGGUCCAUCAAAAUUAAGGCAGUUCAUACAAUUUUAAAAACAUUACAAUACAUUCACAGAUUUCACAACACACUGUGUACGUGUGUGUGUAGUGCGUAUGUUAUUGUGUGUGUAUGCAUGUGCCUGCACCUAUGUUUGUUGCUUCAUAGUCCCCGCUUUUCCAUAAGGUGUUUUUUAAAUCUAAAUUUACUACUUGCAUCAGUUACUUGAUGUGGAAUAGAAUUCCAUGUAGUCAUGGCUCUAUGUAGUACUGUGCGCCUCCCAUAGUCUGUUCUGGACUUGGGGACUGUGAAGAGACCUCUGGUGGCAUGUCUUGUGGGGUAUGCAUGGGUGACCGAGUUGUGCACCAGUAGUUCAAACGGACAGCUCGGUGCAUUCAACAUGUCAAUACCGCUCAUAAAUACAAGUAGUGAUGAAGUCAAUCACUCCUCCACUUUGAGCCAGGAGAGAUUGACAUUAAUAUUAGCUACUGUUGUAUCAAUAUGUUUUGACCAUGACAGUUUACAAUCCAGGGUUACUCCAAGCAGUUUAGUCACCUCAACUUGCUACAUUUCCACAUUAUUUAUUACAAGAUUUAGUUGAGGUUUAGGGUUUAGUGAAUUAUUUGUCCCAAAUACAGUGUUUUUAGUUUUAGAAAUAUUUAGGACUAACUUAUUCUUUGCCACCCACUCUGAAACUAACUGCAACUCUUUAAGUGUUGCAGUCAUUUCAGUCGCUGUAGUAGCUGACAUGUAUAGUGUUGAGUCAUCCGCAUACAUAGACACACUGGCUUUACUCAAAGCCAGUGGCAUGUCAUUAGUAAAGAUUGAAAAAAGUAAUGGGCCUAGACAGCUGCCCUGGGGAAUUCCUGAUUCUACCUGGAUUAUGUUGGAGAGGCUUCCAUUAAAGAACACCCUCUGUGCUCUGUUAGACAGGUAACUCUGUAUCCACAAUAUAGCAGGUGGAGUAAAGCCAUAACACAUACGUUUUUCCAGCAGCAGACUAUGAUCGAUAAUGUCAAAAGCCACACUGAAGUCUAUCAAAACAGCCCCCACCAUCUUUUUAUCAUCAAUUUCUCUCAGCCAAUCAUCAGUCAUUUGUGUAAGUGCUGUGCUUGUUGAAUGUCCUUCUCUAUAAGAAUGCUGAAAGUUUGUUGUCAAUUUGUUUACUGUAAAAUAGCAUUGUAUCUGGUCAAACACAAUUUUUUCCAAUAGUUUACUAAGGGUUGGUAACAGGCUAAUUGGUCGGCUGUUUGAGCCAGUAAAGGGGGCUUUACUAUUCUUAGGUAGCGGAAUGACUUUUGCUUCCCUCCAAGCCUGGGGGCACACACAUUCUAGAAGGCUUAAAUUGAAAAUAUGGCAAAUAGGAGUGGCAAUAUCGUCCACUAUUAUCCUCAGUAAUUUUCCAUCCAAGUUGUCAGACCCCGGUGGCUUGUCAUUGUUGAUAGACAACAAUAAUUAUUUCACCUCUUCCACACUCACUUUACGGAACACUUUACUUUCAUAAUUUGGUCAGAUAUACUUGGAUGUGUAGUAUCAGCAAUGGUUGCUGGCAUGUCAUGCUUAAGUUUUCUAAUCUUGCCAAUGAAAAAAAUCAUUAAAGAUGUGUAGUGAUUUUACCCACGCACCGCUACUGCUCCAGACUGUGGGUUGACCACGUUUUUUUAUACAGUUGCCUAACAGGUAUUUUACUUUGUGGGGGGUUAAGUGCCUUGCACAAUGACUGGAGAUAGUACAUGGGAUCAGAGAGCAGCCUCUGUUUCGAUACCACAUAUGCUUACGUUUUUUAAUGUAAAUAGAGAUGCCGUCAAUUGUUAGUCAUGGAAAUGUGGUGAAAAGUCAUGAAAUUCAAUCUGUCAAAAUGUGUAUGAACCCUGUUUUAAAUGAAUGAGGGGUAGUGAAUGAGUGCAAACUUCUGGAGAAAGGUACAGAAUCGUAACGCAGCCAUUGUAUUGCAUCCAAUCACUUCUCGUGCUUUGUUCUCGAAGCACCUGUCAACGCUACAUUGAUGACCUGAUGAGAAUAUGAUAAGGAUAAUAUUUAUGAUCGUGAAUCUACUUCACCCAACCAGCUUCAUCAGAACACUUCAGCCUAAAUUGGUUUCUUGAUCUCGUUUCAGUGGAGGAGAGGAGUCAUCGGAAAAUAAUUUCACAUUUUAAUUAACGUUAUGUUUCUUGUGAAACUCCCUCCGUAAUGUACUGAGAGAAAAUACUUCUAUGAUAAUUGAAAAAAUCCUAAUUAUGUUUUGGAUAUUGCGGUCUUUAUUAACGUUUUGAAAGCAUUGCCGGAGCAGAAAAUCAGUUUUUAGAGAAGAUGAAUGACUUGUAUUACUACUACAGAAGAACUAAUACUAGAAGUACCAGCUACCCAAUGACCAAAAUAUUGCAUCAGCAUUACAGGUAACUUUUCUAGCAAUGCUAAUAUUGUACAAGAUUAGAGAAGUUUUAAGACAAAGGUGGUGUGGAGUAAUGUCAUGUACUGAACUGACUGCCAUCCUCUGGUCCUCUGUAGCUCAGCUGGUAGAGCACGGCGCUUGUAACGCCAAGGUAGUGGGUUCGAGCCCCGGGACCACCCAUACACAAAAAAAAAAAAUGUAUGCACGCAUGACUGUAAGUCGCUUUGGAUAAAAGCGUCUGCUAAAUGGCAUUAUUAUUAUUAUUAUUAUUUAAUGUGCCUCUCCUCUCUCCAUUCAAACCCCAGUGUUCAUUCUGACUAAUUAGGAACGAAUGGUCUCCCUAUAGAGCUGAAACAGAUCGACACACAGACUGGCUCACUAACCUCCGUCCUCAUUGGCCAAUGUCUCUCGACUCAUUUCCCCUGGGCCUAUCCUGUGUGUUUUUCUUGCCCAGUAGCCUGGAGCGCUGGAAGCAGCCUUCUAGGCAGGGACAAGAUGCUAAGUUGCAUUGGAAAUGUGUUGGACGACCGAACAACCCCCUCCUGAUUCGCUAGCUCCUGCUGUUCAUACAGCGCUGAUGGGAAGGGAUGGACACACACGUGCAUAUGCGCAUGUACAUGCAAGACACACACACAGGAGUGUUCUGGAGUUGUGAUUUUCUUAAUGGAUGUCCGACAUGUGUUUGUGUUGCUGCCACUUCUGGUUUCCACCUCAUUUCCUCUCCUUUAGGAUUUCUCAGACUCCGCUCAACAGACUGAUGUGUGUUAAUAUACAGUACUCCCUAUAGGCUUUGACUAAAUGUCGGGGUAUAGAUAAGACAUCUGGAUUCAAAGGGCACUGUUUUGUGUCUGAAGGUGAAAAUGCUGAAAUGGCAAAGUCGAAUGAAAUGCUGACGUUGUUCCUCUCUGUCCCGCACCUAUAGAAAUUGCUCAGAUGACCAGUUAUGAUAGUGGGAUCGCUGAAACACCCGAGACAGAUGACUCUGUGAGUUUUCAGCAUUUUUAUUCAAGUUUUAAUUGCAGGUUAGAUGUAUUUCAGUAGAAUAAAGUUUCUCUCCUCUCGUCCUCCCAGUCCCAGAGUCUGAACGCGGCCCUGCGAUCCCGACGAAAGCCCUGCGAGAUGGACUUUGAGAUGAACAAACUCAUCAGCAACGGAGCCUACGGGUGAGAGCAUCCUCUCUGGUGUCAGUCAGAACGGUUAUGAUGGAAUCCUACUCUGUUUAAGCUGUUAUUUAGGAUUUUAAUGGGAUAUGUAGUCCCGUGUAGCUCAGUUGGUAGAGCAUGGCGCUUGCAACGCCAGGGUUGUGGGUUCGAUUCCCACGGGGGACCAGUAUGAAAAUGUAUGCACUGACUAACUGUAAGUUGCUCUGGAUAAGAGCGUCUGCUAAAUGACUAAAAUGUAAAUAUGUGAUUUGGAUUUACUAAAAGGGAAUCUUUCACUCAUGUUUACCAUCUCCAAUUCAUGGCCCUGUCCUGUUUUCUUCCUAAGCCAUAAAUAAGUCUGUACCGCGGGACUGACAAUGUGUUCCCUCUCCAACAGAGCUAUGAAUGUGUGAUUUCAAUCCAUCUUUAUAGUGUACAGGUAACUGCCAAAAUAAAGGAAAAACUUGAGUAAAUGAGGAAUACAAAGUAUAUUGAAAGCAGGUGCUUCCACACAGGUGUGCUUCCUGAGUUAAUUAAGCAAUUCAACUCCCAUUAUGCUUAGGGUCAUGUAUAAAAAUGCCCAGUUGACCAUUAUUUUGGCUGCCAUGAUUGGAAGAAAAGAUCUCAGUGACUUUGAAGGAGGUGUCUCAAAGGAGCAUAGGGGGUUUAAAUGGUGUGUGUCUCAGUCACCAGAUCUCAACCCAAUUGAACACUUAUGAGAGAUUCUGGAGCGGUGCCUGAGACUGCGUUUUCCACCGCCGUUAACAAAAAAACAAAUGAUGGAAUUUCUUGUGGAAGAAUGGUGUCGCCAUAGAGAUCCUAUUAUAUUACUAUUCUAAUUCCUAAUUAUAUGGGUGUCGCAUCCCUCCAAUAGGGUUCCAGACACUUGUAGAAUGCCUAGGCGCAUUGAAGCUGUUCUGGCGGCUUGUGGCCAACACCCUAUUAAGAUACUUUAUGUUGGUGUUUUCUUUAUUUUUGCAGCUACCUGUAUAUGACUAACAAUGUCAUUCUCUGACAGAGCAAUAUAUGCUUGAUUUACCUCAACCUGUACUGUGUGUCUGACAUAUUGUCUUCUCUUUCUCUCUCUCUGUGACAGGGCUGUGUAUCUGGUGCGCCACAAGGAGACCAAGCAGCGCUUCGCCAUGAAGAAGAUCAACAAACAGAACCUGAUGCUGAGGAACCAGAUCCAGCAAGCCUUCGUGGAAAGAGACAUCCUGACCUUCGCUGAGAACCCCUUCGUGGUCUCCAUGUUCUGCUCCUUCGAGACGCGACGACACCUCUGCAUGGUCAUGGAGUAUGUGGAAGGUAGGCAGCCAUUUCUAAUUCUUCUUUCUUACGGUACCAAAACUGUGGAAGACAGAAAGCUCACACCUGGGGGGAUAAACUGCUCUAGAAAUACUGGUUAAUGUUGUUCUGCCCUAUUAUUUUCCAAAUGUAUUAACAAAUUUUGUGUUGGGAUUAAUCAUAUGUCGAAAGUACUUCAUUGUAGGAUACAGUAUUUUAAUGUCAGAAUUAACUCAGUAAGCCAAUUCUCUGUGUCUGUAUGCCAUUAGGAGGUGACUGUGCCAACCUGCUGAAGAACAUGGGCCCCCUGCCUGUGGACAUGGCCAAGAUGUACUUUGCUGAGACGGUGCUGGCACUGGAGUACCUCCACAACUAUGGCAUAGUCCACAGGGACCUCAAACCAGACAAGUCAGUCUCUAAUAUCUCUAUAGUAUAUUCAGCUACUGAGAAUGUAGAUAGAUAUAGCCUGAUCUCAGAUCUGUUAGUGCUGUCUUACCAUGGUAAGACAACACAUGUCAUAGGAGUUGGCAAGACCGCAUGAACAGAUCUGGUAAGACACCCUUCAGACUGCUGAUCUUUGCGUUUUUAAAAUAGUCACUUGGGUCAUUGAUGUCUAUCAAUCACAUUUAUUUUAUAAAGCCCUUCAUACAUCAGCAGUUGUCACAAAGUGCUUUACAGAUACCCAGCCUAAAACCCCAAAGAGCAAGCAAAGCCGAUGCAGAGGCACAUAUGUCAUUAAUCUACUUAUCGUACCAACUGAGCGAGAUUUGGAGAUCUAUCUUCAUUGGCUUCUAUGUGAUGGUUGUGUCGUUCUCCCCCCCCCCCCCCCCCCCCCCCCCAGUCUGUUGGUGACCUCCAUGGGCCACAUCAAGCUGACAGACUUUGGGCUGUCCAAGGUGGGCCUGAUGAACAUGACCACUAACCUGUAUGAGGGACACAUAGAGAAGGACGCCCGAGAGUUCUCUGAUAAACAGGUACAGUGUGUGGAGAUGGAUUGGCAUUCUACCUACAGUAUAGGCCAGUCUUUCUCGCUCAUUUAUAGUUUCUCAUAAUUAAAACAAGCAAGCAGAGAGAACAUGACAGUUAUGGUAUCCAGUUUGAACACUGUUCGAAGAGCUCAGAUUGUGAAUACCUACAGCUUUCAGGUUUUUCUUUUUCAAAUAGGACAUUUUCAAGCCGCAACGUUUCACCAAAACAUACUACUAGUAUAAUGUGUCUAUACCUGUUGCCUUCUGUCUGUGUGUAGGUGUGUGGGACCCCAGAGUACAUCGCUCCAGAGGUAAUCCUGAGACAGGGCUAUGGGAAGCCAGUGGACUGGUGGGCCAUGGGCAUCAUCCUCUAUGAGUUCCUGGUGGGUUGCGUACCCUUCUUUGGAGACACACCGGAAGAACUGUUUGGACAAGUUAUCAGUGGUCAGUUUUACUCUUAUCUCUUUUUGAGUUGACAUUUGGGGCGAAUCCAAAGUUCCAAUUAAGUCGAAAUUUCACUUCCCAUUGACAUCAAUGCAUGACUAAGUAGGAGAAAAGUCUGAUGGCCUUUAUCCCCAGUGAAUAGGAAAGAUUGGCAAUAUCUAAUUAAACAGUAUGGAAUGGAUGGUGCCAAUCUAUCCAAUUUAUUUGGGAUCAAGGCAUGUUAUGCACAAAACAGAUGGUGUGGGAUGUGGACUCAGCUCGACAUUAGAACAAAAUACAUUUCUCCAAUUUAUGAAAACGUCCUUCCUUAUGGCUGUUGUGUUCAAGCCUUUUUACAUUUACAGCACAUUAUGCUGAAUAAAGAAAUAAGACCUUUAAAAAUGUCAGCAGUGGAAAUUCUUAGAGAGAAGAGUCUUUACAGUAUACAGAGAACCUCAGAGUGCCCCCUUUAUCUAUCCUAUGAAAAUUAAUGGUGUGCAAUGACAGAUGUGGUGUGCUCUAUAUCAUGCCAAAUUCCUUACGGACAUUGUUUUCUAGCCAUUUUAAGUGUAUAGCACAGACAUGGUGUAUUCGCCUACUUGUUCUAUGCAACGAAUAAGAAAAAAUAGUUUAAAAUGUCAGCAUGUUCUUAGAAAACUGAUCCUCUACACAGAACCCCGAUCUAUCCUAUGUUAAUUAAUGUGGUGCCAUGACAGAUUUGGUGUGCUCUCCAUCAUACCAGGCCAUAGGGACCCAGUGUUAAUUAAAGGGCUCUGAACACACUGAGCUGAAUGCCACGCUGCUCGGGCCUGAGGGCCAUCAUGCAUAUUCAUGCCUCACUCCCAAAUUUGAUUAAAAUGGGGGCCACAUUGCGCCAAAGAGACAACCGUGGCAUGGCACAGACUCUACUGGUGUGGCGCACACUGGUAUUUUUCAACUGUUGCUAACGGUCUACACCGGUCAAACACGCAUGAACAGACUCACACAGACACAUUGAGGUACACACACAAACAUGGAUAACACAUUAUUCUAGUACUGGAGAACAGACACUCAUGAAUUUCAUUUCUCAUCCUUGAGGGAGUGAAGGUCGCCAAUUUCCAAAUGUAAUGAUGUGAAUAAUAAACAAUAUGCCCUUUGUCUGAGGAAGUGCUGAAUAGCAUGCAUUAAUCAGAUUAUUUACAUUUAUUAUUGUGGGACUGUUAAAACUGUGGCUAACUGCUAGAUAACUCAGUAUGUGUUGUCUAUGGGAUAUUGCUAACUGCUAGCUAACUCAGUAUGUGUUGUCUCUGGGAUAUUGCUAACUGCUAGCUAACUCAGUAUGUGUUGUCUCUGGGAUAUUGCUAAGUGCUAACGAACUGAGUAUGUGUUGUCUCUGGGAUAUUGCUAGCUGCUAGAUAACUCCGUAUGUGUUGUCUCUGGGAUAUUGCUAACUGCUAGCUAACUCAGUAUGUGUUGUCUCUGGGAUAUUGCUAACUGCUAGCUAACUCAGUAUGUGUUGUCUCUGGGAUAUUGCUAACUGCUAGCUAACUCAGUAUGUCUUGUCUCUGGGAUAUUGCUAACUGCUAGCUAACUCAAUAUGUGUUGUCUCUGGGAUAUUAAUAAGUGCUAACAAACUGAGUAUGUGUUGUUUCCCAGAUGAGAUCAACUGGCCGGAGGGAGAGGACGCUCCCCCUGCUGACUCCCAGGAACUGAUCACCCUGCUACUCAGACAGAACCCUCUGGAGAGGAUGGGCACAGGUAGGCAUAAGUUGUGCACAACACAUGCCACACACAAAUACAAUUUUCACACUACUGAGCCAAGCUGUACUGGGCUGGCCUGGUAUCGGACAAUGUAUAAAGAAGAUACCUAAGUCAGCAGAGUACAGUUCUGGCACAGUUAUGUGGGUUACUUUUAGUUUGUUGAAACUCAGCACAGGGCACAAAUGAACCUUUUUACUGUUAAGAGGUUGAAGGUGUUCAAAAGUUUACAACCAGUUAUGACCUACCAGGGAGCAUUCUCUCCCCUCAGUUAAAAUAGUCCAGUUACAGACAGUGGUAUAUUGCCAUAACUCUCCAUGUUCCUUCUCAUCACAGUGCAUUAUUUAAACAUACGGGGGGAUAAAUGGGGUCAACCAAAUAGGCGGAACAGUUUAUCACAUAACCACGCUGCCUUAUGAAUGGGCCCCCUCAUGAAUGCCGACCUGGACAAGGUCACACAUCAUCAGCGUCUGCGGAUCGUAAACAUUGUCCCUGACUGGAGACCACGGGCCGCCCACUUUUUGACUACGUCUAAAAUGGCACCCUAUUCUCUAUAUAGCCCAUAGGGCUCUGGUCAAAAGUAGUGCACAAUAUAGGGAAUAGUGGGCCAUUUAGGGUGCAGACUUUGUCUCCUGCAUAGCAGAUUCAAUCUAAUCAGGUUACACAGGACUGCAUUCAUCAGAGCCAAUCCCCCGGGUCGGGUCGAACCAUUCAGCAGGCGGCCCUCCGUCUCUUCCUCAAAGGUCACCGGCAGGAAAUUGCACUGCAUAAUUUAUGGCCGGUGAUACGACUGUUGGGUGCCGGCCAAUGAUAAAGCGAGGAAGAAAUGUUAGCGUCUGCACUUCUUCCUUUUGUGUUGGGGCAGUGGCACCACUGUACAAUGUCAACCUUUAUCUUAUGUGUGCAAGAUAUCUUUGUGAGUGUCUGUAUGUAUAUGCAUGUGUUCAUAAUGUGUACUGUAUGUCCAUCCAUCCUUAGGUGGUGCAUAUGAGGUGAAGCACCACCAAUUCUUCCACACUCUGGACUGGGACAGUCUGCUGAGACAGAAAGCUGAGUUCAUCCCUCAGCUGGAGUCCGAGGACGACACUAGCUACUUCGACAGUGAGUCUUCUUCCUGCUCUCAAAAUGUACACUAACCUAUAUUAUAGAAUACAGCCACUUUGAAAGUGAAAUUUAGGAAAGAUGGUGACUGUUUUAUCCCCACAGCUCGAUCAGAUAGGUACCAUCACCUGGAGACAGAGGAGGAAGAGGAGGAUACCAAUGAUGAAGACUUCAACGUGGAGCUACGUCAGUUCUCCUCCUGCUCUCACAGAUUCUCCAAGGUGGGUUGUCAUUCUUUCUCUUUGUACUUUCUCUCUCGGUCUCUCUCACUCUCUCUCUCUCUCUCUAAAUUACAAAACAUUCGCUCAAGGCAUUACUGCUCACUCACUUCCAUAUCACUCCAUAUGAUUGAAAAACAGUGGUGGAUCAAUGAGGUAGUUACCUUCAACAUAAAAUGUAUGUAGUUCAUACAAAUAUCUGCAAUGCUUUCAAUGAAAACCCAACAUGAUUGAUUUGUUAUCAUAUGGAAAAGACUAUCGUUUGGUCCAUAAAACAACCUUUGCAUCUUUCCCCCCAACCCCCUGCAGCAUGUUAUGUAGAGCUCGGCUUUGCAUACAUUUUCUGCUGCAAAUCAGAUCUAUUUUGGUAGAACGUAGAACACAAUGCAAACACACACACAGAGACUUGCACGCAUUGUUGUGCUGCAUUGCAGUACGCUAAGCCUCUGAAAAUAAUGCACAAAGUGCCUUCGAAGGCGGGAGAAUGUCUCAGAGGAAGAGUUUUUGUUCUGUUACCUACCUAGAUCUUUUUGAAUUUUUGUUACCCACCUGUUUUUUGUACACAGCCUGGUAGUCUAACCAGUGGCUGCUGCCACUAUUUUGGAACCACUGACUAGUUUCUAUGGUAUCAGACUCUGUGUCCCAAUACUGAAGGGAUAUAUUGAUGAAAGUGAUGGUGUUUAGGUGUAGUAAUCUUGUCCUCCAUGAGGACAGUCUGUAAGGUCUCUGUCUGUGUGUCUGUCCCUGCAUGGUGUUCAGGUAUGUAGCCCUUUACACUCGUACCCAUAUACGGGUUGAAAAUGGCAGAUUUGGUUACUGAUAAACAACUAUAUUGGAACGCAGUGGCAGUACAGUAACAUGCUAUACAAGAGGGCUGUGACUAUACCAGUAUCACACAAAGCAGUUCAAACUCUUUGGUCCUUUAAAAACCUGCUGUAUGGAAAGUAUUGUGUGCUUAUACUUUGGAAAAUAAAUACAUGUGACUCUGGAUGACAACAUAAUGAUGUUUGUUUCCAACAUUAGGGCUGUUUUCCUAAAGAAGUUAAAUCCGCUUCGUGUUUUGUUUCCUUGCCACAAUACUAACGAGUAUCGCAAUACUGGUAUCGUCCUGGCCUUACUAUACAUAACUUAACAGCUCUGUAUGGGUUUUGACUGACAACCGUUCUGAACUUGAGCACGUCGCGCGACAAGAAGUUGCCCCCAUCCCUCCCUCUAAUUGGGCAACUUUUGCAAAUGUUUUGUUGUAUGAGUGAAGGAAAUGCUGUAAAUUUAAGAGGACUUGAUGUAUUUUGAAAGAUGUUGAGGAUUAUAAUAAAUACCGCUUUGAUGUGAUACAAGCAAGCCAAACAUACAUUGAGUCCAAAUGUGCACUUUACAUUUCCAUAUCAUAACUCAUGUCAUAUACAGUGUCAACGUUUAUGAUUACUAUGUUUGAUGUACAGUUACAAGAUGACAUGUCGUCAUAUCCUGUUUUUUCUGAACAGAAUGAGCCUAUUGCGAAGAAAAUUUGCCGCGGCACGCGCACCUUAAUGCACUCAUGACUCCUUUCUGUGCGCACCAAAAUUAUGAUGCGUUUCCCUGAAUUGCAUCGUGAAAGCCUAAAACUGUACAAUCUUAUUUUAUAACUUAGCUAGUCAUGUUGGCAAUAGAACAGGCUUUCAAAUUAUGCCCACCUGACCCAUAUUGCGAUUUCUAAUGGAUAAUUGUGUGAUGGCGAGGAUGCAGGGUUGUGUUCCAAACAAAAGAACUACAAGUGCACUUGCUCUGGUUCAAGUGUCAAACUCAUUCCAUGGAGGGCUGAGUUUCUUAAUGUUUUCGCUCCUCCCUUGUACUUGAUUUGAUGAAUUAUGGUCACUAAUUAGUAAAGAACUCCCCUCACCUUGUUGUCUAGGUCUUAAUUGAAAGGGAAAAACCAAAAAGCUGCAGACACUAGGCCCUCUAUGGAAUGAGUUUGACACUCCUGCUCUAGUUCCUUAACGACACAGCUAAGAGAAAGAAAAUACACUGCUAAAAAAAAUAAAGGGAACACUUAAACAACACAAUGUAACUCCAAGUCAAUCACACUUCUGUGAAAUCAAACUGUCCACUUAGGAAGCAACACUGAUUGACAAUGCAUUUCACAUGCUGUUGUGCAAAUGGAAUAGACAACAGGUGGAAAUUAUAGGCAAUUAGCAAGACACCCCCAAUAAAGGACUGGUUUUGCAGGUGGUGACCACAGACCACUUCUCAGUUCCUAUGCUUCCUGGCUGAUGUUUUGGUCACUUUUGAAUGCUGGCGGUGCUUUCACUCUAGUGGUAGCAUGAGACGGAGUCUACAACCCACACAAGUGGCUCAGGUAGUGCAGCUCAUCCAGGAUGGCACAUCAAUGCGAGCUGUGGCAAGAAGGUUUGCUGUGUCUGUCAGCGUAGUGUCCAGAGCUUGGAGGCGCUACCAGGAGACAGGCCAGUACAUCAGGAGACGUGGAGGAGGCCGUGCAGCAGGACCGCUACCUCCGCCUUUGUGCAAGGAGGAGCAGGAGGAGCACUGCCAGAGCCCUGCAAAAUGACCUCCAGCAGGCCACAAAUGUGCAUGUGUCUGCUCAAACGGUCAGAAACAGACUCCAUGAGGGUGGUAUGAGGGCCUGACAUCCACAGGUGGGGGUUGUGCUUACAGCCCAACACCGUGCAGGACGUUUGGCAUUUGCCAGAGAACACCAAGAUUGGCAAAUUCGCCACUGACGCCCUGUGCUCUUCACAGAUGAAAGCAGGUUCACACUGAGCACAUGUGACAGACGUGACAGAGUCUGGAGACGCCGUGGAGAACUAUCUGCUGCCUGCAACAUCGUCCAGCAUGACCGGUUUGGCGGUGGGUCAGUCAUGGUGUGGGGUGGCAUUUCUUUGGGGGGCCGCACAGCCCUCCAUGUGCUCGCCAGAGGUAGCCUGACUGCCAUUAGGUACCGAGAUGAGAUCCUCAGACCCCUUGUGAGACCAUAUGCUGGUGAGGUUGGCCCUGGGUUCCUCCUAAUGCAAGACAAUGCUAGACCUCAUGUGUCAGCAGUUCCUGCAAGAGGAAGGCAUUGAUGCUAUGUACUGACCCCCCCGUUCCCCAGACCUGAAUCCAAUUGAGCACAUCUGGGACAUCAUGUCUCGCUCCAUCCACCAACGCCACGUUGCACCACAGACUGUCGGCGGAUGCUUUAGUCCAGGUCUGGGAGGAGAUCCCUCAGGAGACCAUCCGCCACCUCAUCAGGAGCAUGCCCAGGCGUUGUAGGGAGGUCAUACAGGCACGUGGAGGCCACACACACUACUGAUCCUCAUUUUGACUUGUUUUAAGGACAUUACAGCAAAGUUGGAUCAGCCUGUAGUGUGGUUUUCCACUUUAAUUUUGAGGGUGACUCCAAAUCCAGACCUCAAUGGGUUGAUACAUUUGAUUUCCAUUGAUCAUUUUUGUGUGAUUUUGUUGUCAGCACAUUCAACUAUGUAAAGAAAAAAGUAUUUCAUAAGAUUAUUUCAUUCAUUCAGAUCUAGGAUGUGUUAUUUUAGUGUUCCCUUUAUUUUUUGAGCAGUGUAGUUUAAGACUUCCUUGAGUCUUAAAGGUGCAUCAAAAUUACUUAGCACACUUUGGAGAGGUGUGGCCACUUGGAGACACCAGUUAGUCCUCUCAUCAAACCCUUGUAAUUUAUUUGUCUUAUGUUGCACAUACCCCACAUUAUCCAGGAAUAUUCUUAUGUUACUGAAUGUAUCCAGAGCAUUUUCAGAUUUCAUUAUCAACAAAUGUGGCUAAAAGUACAGUAAAUGUAAAAUGCUAAUAAAAUCAAGUGUAAUGUUUCGAUUCAGUCUUGUCAGGUGAACUUUUGUCCUAAACUUUGGUGUAAUAAUUUUCCCAUAAUCUCCAAACUGUUCCCUUUCAAUUGCUACCAUUGUUAUGCAUAUGCUUUUCUUCUGUAAGAAACAUUUCAAUUUAGCCCUAUCCAUAUAGGACAAUUCCGACAUGUAAAGGAUGAACUGUCUGUGUGGUGUGUAGGUGUACAGCAGCUUGGACCUGUCCCGUGGCCAGCUGGAGGAGAAGGGAGAGACGGAGGAGAAGAAGAGUGAGAGCCCUCUGACUGUAGACUCUCUGAGCUGGACACCAGAGUUCACUGAAAUGUAAUCUCCACAACAUCCCUUCUGUAAUAUUCAAAUUAUCUGUUUUCACACACGUUUGGUACACUAUUAUUUAAGUUUGCCACUAUUGCAAGGUCUCAGAAUACAUUAAGACAAAGAUGGCAAUGCAUAACCCGCUUAUAUUAACCCAAUUCAUCAGUACAACAUCUAUAAUACAGUUAGCUGAUGGUGCUUGAUAUUUAUCCAUUCCUCCUUUCUCCCCCCAGGCCCUCCCUCUCCCAUUCCUCAGACACCGAGAGCCCCAGCAUGGGCCCUCGCCCACCCGGCCUGCUCCCCAAGUUUGCCAUCUCGGCCGAGGACGGAGACGAGGAGUCCCUGGUCCUGGGGGACCCCACCAAGUUGGCCUUCUCCAUAGGAGAGGAUGAUGCUGACGCAACCACCCCCGGGAGCACCCACAGCGGGGCUACCCUCUCUGGUAUGGAGGCUUGGAGCACUGGUUAGCGCUGAUAGAAGAUAUAGGGAUAAUGCUAAAGAAUGGGCAUCAUGUUGGGUGUUGAAGACUGUGGUUCAGCUGAUAUUCAAGAGCAGAAAAGUAAUGAUAUGGGUAUUACGUGGAGUUGUUUCAAUCUUUUUAAUGUGCCUGACUAACUAAAAGAAAUAUGGGACAUCUCUGACAUUGUACCUGUUCUUUUUUUGGUAAGUAGGUAGUUUCUCUGAGCACCUGGACAUGCAUCCCUCUAGAGGGGAGGGUGUAGACAGCCCUGACUCCUCCUCCAAGACCCCCAUGGACCUGGGAGGCCAGCAUGGCAGCCUGCGGCCCGAUAGACAUGGGGAGAAGCAUGGUGUUGUUGCCAAAGUCCCCAAGUCUAUCUCAGCUAGCGCCCUCUCCCUCAUGAUCCCUGGAGGUGAGUCAGAGGAUACACCCUACCCCUGCGAUCUCCAGCAUUUCGAUUUAAGGAUGGUUAGAGAGCAGGAUGGGGAGGGAGAGCUAGCACAGAACAAUGGACAGAGAGGAGUGUGAAAGAGAUGAGGCCAUUAGAUCUGUGUGAAAUUGGCCUGGCACGGCUCCUGCUGGGAAGAGGCUACAGUUUAUGGAGUGGCUGUGAAUGCAGUAGCGCAGAAGAGGAGCCUCUGAGGUAGUAGCUGAGAGAUACGCACCCUAAGGGUAAAUCCCUCAGGUCUCACUCCCAGCAGGGGCACAGUGAUUCCAGGCUCCCAGGCUACUGAGGGGAGAGCUACAGGAAGACCGAUCAAUAGAAAUUACAAUAGCGGUCUUUGUAUGUGUGUCUGUGUUUUAACCUUUAAAUGAACCUCCACUGGGUAUUUUGGUUUGAAGAAUUGGAGAAUUCACUCUAAAAUUAGGAUAAAAAUGGAUGGUGUGUUAUUUAAAAACGUCUAUGGCAACAUUUAUUUUGCUCUCACAAUGUAUCUGGCACAUUCCCAGAUUAGUCCCUUGAUUGUAUCACAAUUACCACAUUUUCCCUAGUAAUAAUGCCCUUCAUUAAUGUGUGUCUCUUAGUGAUACAGAUAUCAUUAGAAUUGUCUUUCUCAUUGUUCCAGAUAUCUCAAAGGCCCACUUUGUGAAAUGUACAGCCGUAUUUAGUCAUUUUAAAAUGAUUUAUAUUUGUCUGUCUUGCUCCAGAUAUCUUCGGGGUGUCCCCACUGGCCAGCCCCAUAUCCCCUUACUCCCUCUCCUCGGACCCCUCCUCUCGUGACUCCUCACCCAGCCGAGACUCCUCCCUCGGCGUCAUCAACCCUAGGCAGCCAAUCAUCAUCCACAGCUCGGGGAAGAAGUUUGGCUUUACGCUGCGGGCCAUCCCGGUGUAUGCAUGCGAUCGUGAUGUCUACACAGUCUACCACACAGUCUGGGUAAGAACUUUACUUUACUAUACUUGACUGACUUUGUCCCCAUGGGGAAAUUUUGUUGCAGUGUCAUGUAAACUCAGCAAAAAAAGAAACGUCCUCUCACUGUCAACUGCGUUUAUUUUCAGCAAACUUAACGUGUACAUUUUUGUAUGAACAUAACAAGACUUGUAUGAACAUAGUUUAGACCAAACUGAACAAGUUCCACAGACAUGUGACUAACAGAAAUUGAAUAAUGUGUCCCUGAACAAAGGGGGGGGGGUCAAAAUAAAAAGUAACAGUCAGUAUCUGGUGUGGCCACCAGCUGCUUUAAGUACUGCAGUGCAUCUCGUCCUCAUGGACUGCACCAGAUUUGCCAGUUCUUGCUGUGAGAUCUUACCCCACUCUUCCACCAAGGCACCUGCAAGUUCCCGGACAUUUCUGGGGGGAAUGGCCCUAGCCCUCACCCUCCGAUCCAACAGGUCCCAGACGUGCUCAAUGGGUACAGGGGGUGGCUUGGGUCUAAAAUUAUUUUGGGAGCCUUUUUGGAGGGCCUUGACCUUAAAGAUCUCAUCCAGGCCUGUCUGUUUGACUCCAAGUACCUUGCUUGCUGUGGUGAUAAUCCUUCUCAUCAUAUUUCUCUGGCUGACAGUGGCAUUGCCAAACCAACAAACAAUACAAAAGUUAAAAUACUCAGAGUCAGUUUAGUACAGUUAACAUAAAAAAAAUCCCUGCUUUUUGAGAAAGUACAGUCUCUGUUGACUCUUUUUGUAGAUUAGGUCUGUACUUUUACUCCACUGAAGCUUUCUUGUCCAAGAGGACACCCAGAUAUUUGUAUUCCUCUACAAUCUCUAUGUUCUGACAUCUGAUAGAUGUUGCAGAGGAAGGUGUUGUACGCUUCAUGAAGUCUAUGCACAUCUCUUUGGUCUUGUUGGUAUUGAGAACCAAGUGUGAUUGGUCACACCACUCUACAAAGUCAUUUAGGACCAGGCCAUGGUGUUCCACGUCAUCAUGCAACAGGCUGAUCAAGGCAGUGUCAUCAGCUAACUUAACAAGGUGUCUGUCAGGAUGGGAACUAGUACAACUAUUAGUGUACAAGAUGUACAGGAGUGGGGACAAAACAAAUCCCUGAGGAGAGCCUGUGUUGGUGGUGCGUAUGUCUGACACGUGGGGACCUACUUUGACCCGCUGUGACCUCUGGCUCAGGAAGCCACAAAACCAGCCCCCCAUCUAAGGAGAAGUCCCUUAUGAGUCUCUGUGCCAGAAUGUAAGGCUGGAUUGUGUUGAAGGCAGAAGAAAAGUCAACAUACAGAACCUGACAUAAGGUUUGGUGCCCUCUAGACGUCUAUAGACCAUGUUGAGGAGAGGAAGAAUGGCAUCAUCAACUCCUCUGCUCGGCUGAUAGGCAAACUGAAACGGGUUGAGGUGCUUCUGGGUGAUGUUGAGAAUAUGACUUUUCACAGUCUAACAAGCACAGUCUAAUAUCUAAUGAAGCACUGGUAAAACAGUACACUUCUGUUGGUACAACAAGUAGUCACUUUCAUCUGUGUUAUUAGAUAUUGAGUAAUAGGUCUAGUGGCUGUAUUCAAUUAAACCUGCACCAUGGGAAAACAAUGUUUUGUUUUUGUACUGCAAUAAUGUCUCAUUACUGAGGGGUGAUAGAUACAGUAGCUAACAGUGUGUUUCUGUGUGUUGUUCAGAGCGUUGAGGACCCGGGUCCGGCCCACAAGGCAGGGCUGAAAGCUGGUGACCUCAUCACUCAUGUGAAUGGAGAGACGGUCCACGGCCUGGUCCAUACUGAGGUGGUGGAACUGCUGCUCAAGGUCAGAGAACCAUUGGAUAUAAAGCUUUCAUCAGAUAUAACUGAUAGUAACAAUUGUCCACCAUUACGUCCACAAAAGGUUAUGAUGUAAUCGUAUAAGCAUAAGGUAUUUUAGUUUGUAACUUGAUACUCUCAUGAUGGAGCUCAUAUAUUUAAGCAAUAAGGCCAGAGGGGGUGUGGUAUAUGGCCAAUAUACCACGGCUAAGUGCUGUGUCCAGGCACUCCGCGUUGGGUUCGUGCUUAAAAACAGCCCUUAGCCGUGGUAUAUUGGCCAUACAUCACAAACUCCCGAGAUGCCUUAUUGCUAUUAUAAACUAGUUACCAACGUAAUUAGUUACCAAAAUAAAAGUUUUGUCGUACCCGUGGUGUACGAUCUGAUAUACCACGGCUGUCAGCCAAUCAUCAUUCAGGGCUCGAACCACCCAGUUUAUAAUAGACUGUUUAUCUAGCGGUAAUUUAAUUUAUAGUCCAGCUCACUUUUUUAAAUCUAAUCCUGUUUGUAGCUUCAUACUCUCACAAUGGAGCUAAUUCAUUUUGGGCCAGUUUAUUUGAUGUAUCUGUGUCUGCUUCCUUUCCAGAGUGGCAGUAGGGUAGCCAUCUCCACCACUGCGUUUGAGAACACCUCCAUCAAAACAGGGCCUGCCAGGAGGAACAGCUACAGGAGCAAGAUGGUCCGACGCACCAAGAAGCCCAAGAAGGAGAAGACACAAGAAAGGCAAGAAUUUUGUGUUUGGUUUUGUUAUUUUCUAUACGAGAAACCAUUUUGUUAUUAGAUAUGAACCAAUUAACUAAAUCUCUGUAAGUCUGCUCUGUAGAGGUCGCUAGUAAACUUGUAUAUCUUCCAUGGGUUCCAUGUCCAGAUUUUGUCAUAUACAGUAUAACCACAGGGUGUAGCUGUGGCUCCUUGCAACAGUGCUAAAACUCCCUAUGUCUGUCAGUGCUUGACAAUGUCAACCCACAUCACGUCAGUCUUAAGUUUUUAAUUUCGAAGAUCUUACUGUGGCUUUCCUUUUUCAUUGACUGAAUGGUUUUAUUGAUUACUCAGGAAUAUUAUAUACAUUGUUAUACCUCCAUUUUAAGAACAAUGAUCAUAGAUGUCACAACAACACUACACAUAUCUAUUUUCUACCUACAAAAAUGGCAUUUUCUAUGGAAAAUUUUUGCUUGGCCCUAUAGGGGUGGACUGAUUCAGUGUCUUCUCUCUUCUUUCCGCUCUUGGCCAGAACGCAUAUAUAGUAAUAACACAAUUUUAAGGAUAAUUAUCUUAGAUUAGACCAUCUAGAGUCUAGACCACAAAUAUAAUCUAGUGAGUGCCUGGGCCUCAUAGUGAAAGACUGACCAUGUCUUCUCUCCUCUCUCCCUCCAGGCGACGGUCUGUGUUCAGGCGUUUUGCCAUGCAGCCCUCCCCUCUGCUCCACACCAGCCGCAGUUUCUCCUCAUUCAACCGCUCCCUGUCCUCUGGGGAGAGUCUCCCAGGUUCCCCUACUCACAGCCUGUCUCCCCGCUCCCCCACUGCAGCAUUCCGGCCCACCCCUGACUUCAACCAGUCAGGUGAGAUUAACCGUCUAUAAUUGUAUUAAUCAAUAAAAUACAUGUGGUGUGUAUCAGUAAAACAAUCAAUGUUUGUUAAAUUAGGAUGAAUGUACAAUAUUUACCACUAUAAAAGAUUAUUAGUUGAAUAACGUCCUUCCCUCUGUGUUUCCAGGUGGCAACUCCUCUCAGAGUAGCUCCCCCAGCUCCAGUGCUCCAAACUCCCCCGCAGGCUCCGGCCAUAUCCGUCCCAGCACCCUCCACGGCCUGGGCCCCAAACUGACUGGCCAAAGGCUCCGACAGGGCCGUCGCAAGUCCGUCGGCAGCAUUCCCCUCUCCCCUCUGGCCCGCACCCCAUCCCCAACCCCCCAGCCCACCUCCCCGCAGCGCUCACCCUCUCCUUUACUCAGCCAUGGGUCCAUGGGGAUCUCCAAGACCACCCAAGCCUUCCCGGUCAAGAUGCACUCGCCCCCCACCAUUGUCCGCCACAUGGCACGGCCCAAGAGCGCGGAGCCUCCCCGCUCGCCGCUCCUCAAGCGGGUGCAGUCGGAGGAGAAGCUGUCGCCCUCCUACACGGGCGACAAGAAGCACAUGUGUUCCAGGAAGCACAACCUGGAGGUGACCCAGGAAGAGGCCCAGGGAGAAGAGUUGAGGCCUGGGGACAGGGACCACCACACCCUGCAGAGUGUGGAGGAGAAGCCCUGCGAGCCUCCGGCCAUCACCCGGGUCCGGCCGGCUGAGCAGGGCUGCCUCAAGAGGCCAGUUGGCCGCAAGGUGGGCCGCCAGGAGUCUAUGGAGGAGCUGGACAAGGAGAAACUGAAAGCCAAGGUGGUGAUGAAAAGACAGGACUGGUCAGAGAGGCGAGUGUCCCUGCAGAAGCAGGACGCACUACAGGAGUCUGAUAUGUCUGGUGCUGAAGGAGGAAGAAGCCAGGGCAGAAGCCAAUGCUCAGAGACAGUCUCACUGGAAGGCAAAGCUGCCAGCACCACGGUAAAAGAUGUCCUGUAUAAGAAGCUGAACACUCGGGCCUGUGAGGGCAGCCCUGAACAACUAGUGGGCAAUAGCUCUGACUCGCCUCUGUGCUCCAUCCACCCUGACUGGAGCCCCCAGAAGACUGAGUGGCAGCUGUCCAGGCAGAGCAAGGAGGGUGGUAAGCCAGAAAGGCUGGACUUCAAGGCCCCCAACAUGGAGUUUGCCCGGAAGAGGCAGUCGUUCGAGGAGCGGGAAGACUGCAUGUGUCGACUCUCUCCCGUCAUUCAUGAGAGCCUCCAUUUUGGCUCCACCCGUUCCAAGAGUCUGCAGCUGGACUCGGCCCUGGCUCUAGACCACGUCAAGGGUACCAUGUGUAGCGUCCACUCCAGCCCUGAGGGCCUGAACCCCAAGAUAUUCCCUGGGAGAGGAGAGGGAAGCGCCGUGGAGAAACUCCAGCUCAUCUCCUCCAGUGAAGGCUCCCUCAGGAAGACCUCCUCAGAGUACAAGCUGGAGGGGCGUCUGGUCUCCUCCCUCAAACCCCUAGAGGGCACCCUAGACAUUGGCCUGCUCUCCGGGCCAAGGGUGUCUAAAACAGACACCUGCCUCUCUAAGAUGUCUGACAGUGAUAUUGGCUCGAUAGGGACGCCAAUGUGGCUGCAAAGCCCAGUUGAGCGGCAGGUGUUGAUUCCCCUGCUAAAACCCUCUGACAAGCAGAAGAGCCCCCCCACCAGUAUACUAAGCCCUGGAGCUGUUGUGGCCCUUAGCAGUCCAGUUCCGGCCAAAGAGGAAGCCAGUAUUUCCAACACUGGGCUUAAAUGCAGUAGCAGUGGUGAGAAGCCACACGACAGACCUAGUCACCAUGAACCCCCAAUGGCUCCCUCCAAUGCGGAGGUCUCAGACUUUGGUGGGAAACAAGAAAGCAGGUCCAGUAUGAUAACUCACGAUCAUAGGGCAUUGCGCCACAGCGCCCACUUCUCCCACUGUGGGAAGACGCCCUCCAUACGGGAGGUCAGCAACGAAGACCAGGAGGAGGAGGUGGAGCCACCACAAGAGACCCCAGCCCCCACACAGCAAAACAACACCGAUAUCUCCAAGACAUCCGAUACGGUUGUCAUUGCAAAGACGGAGAGUCCCAAAAAUACUGCAGCAUCCUUCCCUGCCUCAAAUGUGGAGGUUCAAGAAAUUGCCCCUCAUGCAGCUGUACCAGUGAAGCAAAGUUCAGAUUGUCAGUCAGGGCCUGGUUACCUGCAGAGCAAUGAGAAACAAAGACCAGCUGAGAAUACAAGUAGCAUCACUACAGUUGUACAAUAUAAUUUAGAGCCGACUUCAUAUCUGUCAAAGCAGCAGAUGGUAUACAGCAGUCCCUCGACAGUGACCACAACACAAACAUCCAUCCCUGCUCCAAUCUCUAGUCUUGGAGAUAUGAACCGAACAAGUGGUCAAAUGUCUAUAAGACAGCACUCCACAGCGAAAACCCAAAACUUGGACAAGGUUCAAAGCAACAGGCCAGUACCAAACAAGGCCAGUGAACCUGCCAGUGUGUCUGCUGUUGAGGAGCUCAAAGCUGCAAAUGCAGCAAGAGAUAAAAUGGCCGAAGUCAGAGAGACAAGUCCUAAAGUGUAUGUAAAAUGUGGCUUAUCUAAAGGAAUUGUGGACACUGCAACUGCUAAAACUGAAGCAACACAGAGGUGUGAUCAAAGUAAAGAUGCUUGUCCUAUUGGCAGUCGGGUAGCUAUUAGUAUUGUAGCAAAGCAAAUUCGAGAAGGUCCCACUUCACCAAAGACAAAGGGUAGCAUUGCAAAGACUGGAGAGCGAGAGAAGCCAUAUUUAACAAACCGACCUGCUGAAAAGACUUGGGUCAAAGGGGCUCAUGAGGCAGAAAUCCCAGUCUCUAAAAAGCAAACUGCUGAUGUAAAUAUCAAAGAGACGAGUCCUGUGCGGAUAGUGAAACAGUCACCACCAAGUCCUGCUUCAACAAAACAAACAACCUUCAAUCCCAAAACUAAGCCAAGAUCUGAGGAAGAGAGGGAGAGGUAUGAAGUGAAAACUCCUGCCCCAGUCGUCAAAGUAAGCCUGGAUUCAAAACAGCAAGAGUCAUCUCAGAAAACUACAGUAUCAAUGGUCAAAGAAAUCCCAGACUCAAAGCAGAAUGAACCCCUACUCAAAACCUUGUUCCAAAGCCACAUCGUCAAAGAAAGUUCAGACUCCAAACAUAACAAAUCUUUGUCCCUAACUCCUGUCCCAACCCCAGUUGUCAGACACAACUCUGACCCAAAACAGAAAGAACCAGAACCCCACACCUUUGCCCCAACCCCAGCCCAAGUCAUCAAAGAUAACCUGGACUCAAAACAAAAAUCACCCCCUCACAAAACCUCUGCCUCAACCUCAAUGAACUCAAAACAAAAGGAAAUCACUACUUCAACUGUUGUUAAACAAAUCAUAGACUCAAAACAGAAAUCCCCCCCUCACAAAACCCUUGCCCCAACUGCAACCCCAGUCAUGAAAGAGCCAGCGCCGGUCUUUGCUGCACCCCGACAGCAGGCACAGCAAGAGCCUCCGACCCGGGCCAGCGCUCCCUCCCAGUCUGCCCCUGUACCAGUCCUGCUGGCCCCAGCAGUGAGAAGAGAAGCACACCCACCCAACGGUGGAGCUCUCUCAGGCAGGGCCAGCGGCAGCACCGGACAGGAGGCUGUGGUCCAGACCUCCAGGGAGGAUCAGGGGAGGCCGAGGGUAGAGGCUCCCAGGUCAGAGGGCCUUAGGUCAGACUCUCAUAGGAGCCUGGGUGGGAUGGAUACCACAGGGCCAACACCCACCUCCACCUCCACCAGCAACAGGACCCCCCAGGCCAAACACAGCACAGCUGAAUCCAGGGUCACGAACUCUGAUAAACAGGUAGCCUGUAGCCGAAAAGAACAGGCUGACAAGAAGAAAAGGGAAUCUGCUCAAGAGGUAGCAUCUACACAGAAAAACACCAAGAUAGAGACUUCAAGAGUGGCUACCGCGGUGAAAGAGGGUUCAGGUUCAGACAAAGACUCGGCCCAACACAAGCAAACCAAGGAGUCGCCACGCAGCCCCGCUAACAAAGGAGAUGCGGAAUUUAAAAAA